AUGGCCCUGCCAUCAGACCCACCCCGGUCCCCCCAGGAUAUCCCGUGUCAUCCACCAUGCCAGCUGCACAAGGACAGCAGAUGAUACCCGCCCCUAGGCCUCAAACUAGAGCAUGCUUUAAUUGUAACCAACUGGGCCAUUUCAGGAGAGCUUGCCCUCACCGCAGAGUGCCUAGACAGCCAACCACUAGACUGUCUAACCCUGUGUUCAGCUAUCCUAUGUACCCCAAUGCUCCCCAGGCACAUACUUCGUAUUUCCCUCCUCAGGUAUAUGGCCAAGCCGUAUACCAACCCUCUCCAGCUGAUACCUGACACCCUUUCCCUGAUAGUUAUGAUACAGAUGAUUACCAGCCAGAUGACCGUCCUGUACCCAGUCAACAUCUCCCUAUACGCCAGCCUCAACAGGCCAGCCACUCCACCACAACCACACAUCACUACACCUGCCCUGAUCAAUCUCAUCUAGACCUUGUGCAAUAGAUAACCGGCAAACCUGUGUCUCUCAUGGAAGUGUCUACAGGGGACAAAGGGGGACCUCUCGCUACAGUAGUCCUACCCGUAGAGGGUCAUCCUACUACCUUUUUAGUUGACACAGGUGCAGCCCGCAGUGUUCUCAGAGAACAAGACCUGCCUGUAUCAUCUUACCUAUCCGACACAGAUGUCUCUUGUGUAGGUGUCGAUGGUAUCCCUAGAAACAACCCAUUAACUAAGCUCUUGCGGGUGGGUUCAGACAUUCUCUCACGGUUUGUUGUCUCUUCUACUUGUCCAAUUAACCUUUUAGGUGCUGAUGUUCUGUCCCAUCUUCAAGCUUCGAUCUCCUUCACCGCUGACGGCUGUCCUCUGCACUCUGCCCUUACUACUACACAUGACAUCCCCCACCGAGGAGGUAAGGGUCCCAGAUGCCCCCCAGUGCCCUGGAUAGAGUCCCUGCUAAACUUUGGUCCACAGGUCCUGAUGACAUUGGACGCCUACGAGUCCCACCUGUGGUAGUAACACUGAUAAGGGGAGCUAAUCUACCACGACGACCACAAUACCCAUUGAAACCUGCACAAGCACUUCCCAUCUCAAAGCAAGUUGAAAGUCUACUGGCAAAAGGUGCUCUGGUCAAGUGUGUUUCACCGUGCAACACCCCUCUAUUUCCAGUAAAAAAGGAAGACUGAAAAAGGCCAACCUGACCAAUACCAAAUGGUUCAAGACCUCCACGCUGUUAAUGAUGUCACCAAACGAGACACUGCCGUUUCCCAAAUCCACAUACACUGUUGUCACAAGUCCCUCCCACGGCAAAAUUCUUCACUGUGGUUGAUCUUGGCAAUGCCUUUUUCAGCAUGCCCUUGGAUCCCUCUUGUCAAUAUCUGUUUGCCUUCACACACGAUCAUCAACAGUAUACAUGGACUGUUAGGCCUCAAGGUGCACAGAAUUCCCCAACCCAAUUCGCAAAGGCUAUGUCAGCUGUCCUAGAACCUUGGCAGAAGUCUCACCCUGACUUGGUCCUGCUCCAGUAUGUGGAUAAUCUACUCCUCUGUGUGGAUGAUUUUCCAACUGCUGAACAAAAUUCCGAAGAUCUCCUUUGUUUCCUCGCUGAAGAAGGAUGUAAAGCUUCCAGAACGAAACUUUAGUGGUGCCGGCCCUCUGCGGUCUUCUUGGGACAUUGCCUUUCCCAUGGCACCCAUCAUCUAACAAGGACCAUGGUACUCGCCAUUAUAAACCUUACCCUUCCGACCACCCAUCAGGCUCUUCAUGCCUUCGUGGGCAUCACCAGGGCCGGCGCUACCUGUAAGGCGGACUAGGCAGCCGCCUAGGGCGCCCCUUGUGAGGGGGCGCCGCCAGGAGCGCCGGCCCCCCCAUGCUGCAGCCGCCCGAGCGCUCUGCAGAGAGCCUCAGGCGGCUGCAGCUUUGCCCGGGCGGUGCGUCCAUGAGGGCGGACCGCACUGCCCGGGCGCAGCCUGAGGAGAGGCUGACAGGAGGGAAGCGUUCAGCGCUCCCUCCUGUCAGCACCUCUCUGUAGCGUGGCCGAGCCCUGUAUAGUCGGCGGGUACAGGGAGCAUCUGUCUCCUGUACCCGGCUGGACUAACAGGAAGUGCACACAUUGCCUUGGGAGGGGAGGGGGGGGAGAAGAAAUAUUACAGGAGGGGGGGGAGAAGAAACUGGGAGGAGGGGGGGGAGGCUGAAUUGUCAGUGGAGGGGGGGAGAGAAGAAAUUGGGAGGGGAGGGGGGGGAGGAGAAGAAACUGGGAGGAGGGGGAGAGAAGAAACUGGGAGGAGGGGGGAGAAGAAGAACUGGGAGGAGGGGGGGGAGAAGAAACUGGGAGGGGAGGGGGGAGAAGAAGAAACUGGGAGGAGGGGGGAGAGAAGAAAUUGACAGGGAGGGGGGAGAAGAAGAAAACUGACAGGGAGGGGGAGAAGAAGAAACUGACAGGAGGGGGAGAAGAAGAAACUGACAGGAGGGGGAGAAGAAGAAAUUGACAGGGAGGGGGAGAAGAAGAAAUUGACAGGAGGGGAGAAGAAGAAAUCGAUAGGAGGGGAGAAGAAAUGACAGGAGGGGAGAAGAGAAGAAAUUGACAGGGGAGGGGGAGAAGAAGAAAUUGACAGGGGGGAGAAGAAGGAAACUGACAGGGGGAGAAGAAGAAAUUGACAGGGAGAAGAAGAAAUCUGAUUAGGGGAGAAGAAGAAAUUGACAGGGGGAGAAGAAGAAAUUGAAUAGGGGAGAAGAAUGAAACUGAUAGUGGGGAGAAGAAGAAAUUGACAGGGGAGAAGAAGAAAUUGUGGGGGGGAGAAGAAGAAAUUGGUGGGGGGAGAAGAUGAAACUGGUGGGGGGAGAAGAAGAACCAGGAGGAGCGGAUAGGGGAGGGAGGGCAAUGAGAGGGAAGGAGAAGAGGAGGACAAGGAGAGGGGGGAGAAGAGAGAGUGACACAAGGAGAGGGGGGGGAGAAGAGAGAGUGACAAGGGAGAGGGGGGAGAAGAGAGUGACAAGGGAGAGGGGGGAGAAGAGAGUGACAAGGGAGGGGGGAGAGAUUCACAUCCAUCACACACACAUGCAAUGCACCCCUUGCACACAGAAAAACACACAAUGCAUUACACACACACACACACACACAAACAAGGCAACCCUUACACACAAUGCAUCCCUUACACACACACACAAACACACAAUGCAUUCCUUACACACACUCAAUGCACCCCUUACACACACUCAAUGCACCCCUUACACAUGCACACACUGCAUCCUGUACACAGGGCCGGCCUUAGGUGUUCAGGCGCCCCCCCCCCCCUCACCUGUCUCUGUUUGGACCCCUUCAAACUAUUUUAGGAGCAUUCACAAUCUGUUGCCUCCACCCCCUUCUACAAAACCACUGCACCUCUUAACCAAAAUCCCUGCCCAGAUCUUCACCAAGCCCCUGGCCACCACUUCAUCAAACUCCUGGCCACCCCUUCCCCUUCAUCAAUGCCCUGGCCAUCCCUUCGUCAAACUCCUAGCCACCCCUUACCCUUCAUCAAUCCCCUCCCUCCCCUUUAUCAAUUCCUGCCACCCCUUCAUCAGUCCCCUGCCCCUCUCAUCAAUUCCCUCCCACCCUUUACUCAGCCCUCUGCCCCUAUUCAUCAGCCGCCUGACCCCCUAAUCAAUCCCCUCCCACCCCUUUAACAGCCCUCUGCCCCAUUCAUCAAUCCCCUGACCCCCUCACCAAUCCCCUCCCCCUUUUAUCAGCACCCUGACCCCGUCAUCAGUACCCUCCCACCCCUAUCACCCACCUGCCCCCCUUUAAUCAGUCCCAUGCCCCCCUUUUCAACCCCCUGCUCCCCUUCAUCAGCCCCCUUAAUACAUCCCAUGCCAAAUAAUCCAACCCCUGGCCACCCCUUCAUCAGUCCCCUGCCCCCUCAUCAAUUCCCUCCCACCUAUUUAUCAGCCAUCUGCCCCCAUUUCAUCAGCCCCCUGAUCUCCUCAUCAAUCCCCUCCCACUCCUUUAUCAACCACCUGCCCCCUUUAAUCAGCCCCAUGCCCCCCUUUUCAGUUUCCUGCCACCCUUUAUCAGCCCCCUUAAUAAAUCCCCUUCCAAUUAAUGCAAUCCAUGCCACCCCUUCAUCAAUCCCCUGCCCCCCUUAAUUAAAUUCCUGCACCUCUUCAACAAAACCUAUUUAAUAAAAAAGAAAAAAAAAAGUCACUCACAGUAAAGGCUGCUGCUCCCUGGACUGAGCUGUCUCCGCCGAUUGAAGAGCACCGGGUGCCGUCUUCACUCACUGAAUUGGAUCCUUCCGCGGCUCCCUCUGAUGACAGAGCACGUCGACGUUACGCAAGUACGCAGCAUAACGCCCCCACGCUCCUCCUCCACCCUCCAUACAGAAGUGGAUUCCCGGCGGCGGCUCUCUGCUCAUAAUUUGCAAGUCAAGUGCAAAGCAGUAUUAUGCACACUUUAAAUACAGAACUCGGCCGGCCUGCGAGCUGUGUUGGCCGCCCGGCGCCCCUGUUGCCAUGGCGCCCUGUGCGGCCGCACAGCUCGCACACCCCUAAGGCCGGCCCUGCCUGUACAUACACAGAAACACACCUUGCAGCCCUUACACAUACAAACUCAGAUUCACACAAUGCAUUCCUUAUCAGGACAUCCCCUACACACUCCACCCCCUGUGAACAAACUCAUUGGUGGAACAUGAAGGUGGACCCUGGGACCCAGACCUUGAGCUGUGUAAAGGGCCCCCAAAAAAUGGAGCUGCUUACCGUUCUCCCAGAACAUUGAUUUUUGUGACCACAGUUACAAACAGCCUCCAGAGAGCCUGUUCUACACCAGACCAGUGGAGCCAGACUGCAGCUAGAGCCCAUCAUCAUCCUCAUCUCGUUGUAAGUAGGCAAUCUAGUAUAUUAUUCGUGGCACUAAUCUCUAAUUUACCUCACAUUAAAGAAGCACUUUAGUCUCCAGAACCACUGCAGCUUAAUGUAGUUGUUCUGGUGUCUAUAGCCUGUCCCUGUAUGCCUUAUAAUGUAAACACGGCGGCACUGCAGCACUGGCGUUAGUUAACAUGGCAGAUCAUAUGGGUGGAGCAUUGUGAUGUCACAUGGGGGGGGCGGCAAACUUUACUUUUACCUAGGGCGGCAAAAAUCCUUGCACCGGCCCUGCUCAUCACAUACUACCGGUCCUGGAUCUCUGAGGCUUCUCAGCUCAUGCAACCUCUCUAUGACGCCUUGAAGACUGAACCCUUUUCAUUGUCUCCUACAGCUCACACUGUUAGUUUCAGAAAAGAUGGGCCAUGCUUCAGGGGUCCUUUGUCAAUCACAUGGCUCCCGUCAACGUCCUAUUGGUUACUGCAUGCUAGACCCCGUGGCUAGGGGUGGUCCCUGCCGUUUGCGUGCUGUUUUUCAUGCAAGUGCCCUGCUGGACAAAACUAAUGUCUUUGUUCUUGGACAUAAACUCAUUGUCCUUGCUCCCCAUGAUAUCACGGCCAUCCUGAAUCAAGUCCAACCAAAACACCUCCUCCUCCGCCUCCAAACCUCUCUCCUCUUACCUGAUAACGUUACUCUACAAAGUAGUUACUCUUUGAACCCAGCCACUCUUCUGCCACUUCCGAAGGGGGGAGUACCACAAUACUGGUACAGUCUGGACAUAAAUCCUGAUGUUCACAUGGACCUUCAAGUGAAAAAGCCUACGGUUCCACAUGAUGAACAACCCGAUAACUACUUACAUUGCACCCUGUGGUUCAAGAGCACCCCAGGUCCUGACCCAUACUAUGAAGAACUCUUCAGACUGGUAGAAAUACGCAUUACACUAACAGACCUGUUUUGUGACUCCAAAGGAAACAUUGUUCUCUUAGACUACCUGCCUAUGGAGGUUUCUCAGUUAUAUCACCAUUGGGAGGUGGAUGUUCCUCAUAUCUCCUUCACCAAGUCUCCAGAUCUCUCAUGGAAAAAACUUGGCCCAAUGGCCAAAACAUGGAGUACUGCAACCCAAGAACAGCUCACAUUAACGGGGGUCACCAAAAGAACCAUAAACUGCAACACAGUGGGUUACCCUCGAUAUCAUACAGAGAUAUGUGAAGACAUCCCUCCUACAGAACAAGACCCGGAUGCCCCUCCCUGAUUGCUUUUGCAGAUUUGCAGAUGAACAAGGACAAUAUCAUACCGGAUAUGCAGUCACCACAGAAGACCAAAUACUCCAAGCAUCUGCUCUUCCAUUGUCUAAGUCGGCACAAGAAGCCGAACUAAUAGCCCUCACGGUAGCAUGCAAAAUGUCUGAAGGGAAGCCUGUUAAUAUAUUUACACAGACUCAAGGUAUGCUCUACGCGUGGCACAUGAUUUUGGCUUAAUCUGGAAAACCAGGGGGUUCCUUACAGCAACAGGUACCCCUGUGAAACAUGGCGCAGCUAUCCAAAGAAUUAGACGCUUUACUGCUUCCUGAAGAGGUGGCCAUACUGAAGGUAAAGGCCCACCGGAGACUAAAUUCAGAUGAAGCACAUUGCAAACACUUAGUCGACCAGGCCGCUAUGGAUGCAGCGCGAAAGUGUUGGGAAGUGGACAGAAGAGUGUCCGUUGAAAAGACUCGUAUUUACACUAUGCAGACUUUACCCACCGAUCUCAAGCUCCUAAGAGAACAACAGGCCAGAAGCCUUUCCAGUCGCCAAUCUCACUGCCAAGACCACGGCAAAGCACCUACUUACUGAAAUCAUCUGCAGAUAUGGAGUUCUUGAGGUGAUCGAAAGUGACCAGGGAACAUCCUUCACCGCCUUACAAACCAAAGAAAUCUGGGCAGCACUGGGGGUGACCCUUGCAUUCCACACACCCUAUCACCCACAGAGAAGUGGUAAGGUAGAACGCACUCUGAAAGCCAGAAUGCUUAAGAUGGCCCAAGAAACUAACCUACCCUGGCCGGAAAGUCUUCCCAUAGCACUAUUUAGUGGAAGGUACACUCCAAAAGGGAGAUUUAGCUUAUCCCCCUACGAGAUUUUAUUUGGUACAGCACCCAGGUUAGGCUGUUACUUUCCUCAACAACUUCAAAUUCAGUCAGAUGCAAGGUAGAUUAUAUAACUGCACGCUCACAUGCUUUGACCAAAAUCCAUGCACAAGUGUUUUCUUCUACUCCAGAUCCAGAGUCAAAUACAGGUACACAUAAGCUACUUCCUGGUGACUGGGUCAUGGUCAAGAUGUUUCUCAGAAAACAUACCCUUGAGCCAAGGUUUGAUGGUCCAUUCCAAGUGCUAUUGACUACGUCUACCUCUGUAAAGUUGGCCGGGAAGAGUACCUGGAUACACACCUCGCACUGUAAUAAAGUUCCUGAUCCAGAGGAAGCAGAUUCCGCCAAACCAUGAGCUUCCUGUGCCUUUUUUUGCUGCUAGGCCUAUUAAUGGCCCAACAAGUUGGUAUUACCAAAGAUAAUCAUGUUUAUACAUUCUGGUAUAACUCUUCAAACACACAUGUAGCUACUUUUACCUUUGAUUACUGUGAUAUUGUUCCUUGUACCUUUCCACAGUCACAACACUCAGCAAUAUACAAAGACAUACCGAACAAGAAGGACCCCUACAUUUGUGCGACAGGUGGCCAUUGGGGACACCACUGUGGUACCUGGAAAGCAGUGGGUUGGAACACAGGCCGACCAUGGGGCUACAGACCACAAAGUGCCUUAGAUAGGAUUGACAGAUAUGGGAAACCCUUGUUACACAGAAUUGACAGAUAUGGGGAACCCUUGUUACACAGAAUGACCUUAUGUAGGCCAACAGGGUCUACCCCAAUGAAACUCACCUUAAACAUAGAACAUCCCUGCCCAGGGGACGCUGGAGAGUACGUAAUGAAAAUGUAUUGGAAAGGGGGUGGCUCAUAUAACAAAUUGGGGACCUUCUAUUUACAAGACAUGCUUACGUCACCUGGGUAGACUCUACACACAUGACAAUUAACCCUCUAAAACCACACAUUAAAACCCUUAAAGACAUGGUAGCCAUUGCUAAUCCCACAUUUGAAGAUACUAUGGCUGUAGAGACCGGGUUUUCAGAUACUAAUCUAUUGCUUGAGCGGAUGAGGUAGAAUGCUAAUUCACAUAAUAAAACUAACUGUUAAGUUUGUGGAGGGGCCAGACUCCAUCUGGGUACAGUGCCCUUCAGUUUACCUUCAGAUGUUGAAACAUGUUUCCUAAGUCUCUGUGCGCAGUCACCAACACACUCAUCUGUGUGUGAAUCAUGGAAAAACGUGUACCCAAUAACCCAAGGGAAUAUCAAGUCACCUGAUGGGAUCACCGUGUACCCAGGUAACUACACAUGCUACAAGAUACAUGGAGCCACAGGAAAAUUUGUGGGUAAAUUCCUUUCUGGCUACUGUACUACCGACAGAGAACCUCCCACUGCCCUAUUAGUAAAUCAUGUUAAAUCUGUGGGAGACAUUUAUUGGCUAUGCGGUGACAUGCAGCUCAGAUCUAAAAUGACUGGCCUGUGGUGGGGAGAAUGCACUCUGACCAAAGCUAUCAUGCCCAUACAUAUAAUUUCUGAUAACCACCAAGGCCAACUUGAUUCACCACACACAUAUUUAGGGGUAAAAAGAGACCCCUGUUCGAGGUAGUUUUGACCCACAUAUAUCGAUGCCAUAGGUGUACCAAGGGGGGUACCAAACGAGUUCAAGGCCAGAGAUGAGGUUGCGGCAGGAUUCGAAUCCCUGAUCCCACUCAUCACCUCUAACAAGAAUGUUAAUUGGAUCAAUUAUAUUUACUAUAAUCAGCAACGCUUUGUCAAUUACACGAGAGAUGCCCUCCAGGGCUUGGCAGAACUCAGCAAUAUAUUUCAGAACCGAAUGGCCUUAGACAUGAUACUAGCAGAGAAAGGGGGCGUGUGUAAAAUACUUCCCGAUACUAUGACAUGCUGUACCUUCAUCCCAGACAAUACAGGUCCCAAUGGUAAGGUAACUACGGCCAUAGAGAAAUUAGAAAGUCUCUCUGAUGAAAUAACAAAGAACUCGGGAGUCCACAAUUCAUGCGAAAGAUGGUUUGGUGGGAUGAGUGGAUGGCAGAAAACUCUCCUUCAAGGCGGUAUGGCGGUUCUUACUGUGGUAAUUCUCUUUCUUUUCCUGGGUUGCUGCCCUGUGUGCAGAAAUACUUACAGAAGACUGUAGGUCAGACCAUUGACCGCACCACACCUACAUUCCUACAUCAGGAUUUUGACGAUAUAGACUGACACACCACAGACACACACCUCAUCAGUCCCACCACAAUCAAUUGAUUGAUUCCACAUCAUUAAGUAUUUAAUGGAGGCAUUAUCUAGAGCUUGUCUGGAAUGACUUACCUUAAAGUGGCGAUACGUUUCUUCUGGUUAUCAGGUGCAACCAAAUCCUUAAUUUAGUGCAUUCAGUAUUGAUGUGGAAUCAGUCGAUUAUCUUGUGUAUCUGCCCCCGGCCAAAUUAAAGAAGUAGUGUGUGCACGCUCCUAAAGUAAUUCACACCAGACACAAGUUUCGGGUUAAUGAAAAACUUGAGGAAUGUUUAUUCUGAGGGGAUGGCAUGCCCCUUAUAAAAUUACAUCAUAUGCUUUGUCAGAGAUAACCUGGAAUAAUACAUCAAUAAUUGGUUAGGUGUUAAGUGGUUCAUUUAUUGCUCUUCCUACUAGGUGUGAUGUCACUGGUAUCUUGGAGGUCUCCCCCAGAUUCCAGCACCAUCUUGUUAAUGAGGGUGUUAGUCGAUAUCAAAGGGAAACUCCCUAGCGGCCAUUUUAGGUAAAUCACAUAUAAGGUUGAAUAAUGCGGAUUGUGGUUAUGCUGAAUAAAUAGGCAUUUUAUUAAUAUGAAUUGGGUUAAUAUUUUGUCCACAACCGUCCCAACUUAAAAUGACUAUUUACUAAAGAGACAACUACUAACUGACCCUAAUAAUGUCCCUACUUGGCUGCAGCUCAUCUGUCUGAACAGGCCUCGAAUGCUUCACUGCGCGGAUAUCCCGUAGUGGCUAACCCACUACGUCUCUGGCGUCAGACUCCUACCCAUGGAGACAGACGCUGUGUGGGGAAUCAAGUGGGCCUUGGUGGUUAUCAAAACUUAUAUGUAUAGGCAUGAUGGCUUUGUUCAGAGUGCAUUCUCCCCACCACAGGCCAGUCAUUUUAGAUCUGAGUUGCAUAUCACCACAUAGCCUUAUAAAAAUAAAUAAAUAAAAAAUAAAAUACUAAAAACAAGCAAACAUGUAUAAUAGAGAGCUAUGCAGACUUCCUCAAAGGAACUUCCUUGUGCAGUUCAGUCAGUUUGGAGAGAAUUUGUGGUCCCUGGUCAAUUCUAGCAAAUACUUGGUUUAAUGAGUAAGAUGGAUUAAGACUUCCUUAAUGCCAUGUUAACAUCAACAACUGCCCUGGCCAUGAAUAGUGAUCUGGUGAUGCCAUCAAGGCUGUGAUAAACAACGUAUGACUGCCAAUGUGGAACAUGGACAAGAAGAACAUGGCUUUAAAGCUUGAUUAAACUUUUUGGAAUUUGAGUUUCAAUUCACCAUAAUUCAAAUGUUUACUGCAUUGACAAUUAAAAUAAUUAACAGAUAUUAAUUCAAAACUGAAUAGCAAAAUUUGGGACAUUGGAAAACAGCUGGUGUUUAUGAAUGUGAAUUAAUUUUUUUUCUGUGAGUAAACCCUGCUGGAAUUUGAGAAUUUUCCUAUCCAUCUAUUUUUUGCCUAAAAUGUGCUAUUCAGUCUCAAAUUUACUACAAUCUACAGUUUAGUUUAGAAACUCUUCUAAGUUAAUGGCUGAAACGUUGUUAAAUUAAUCACGGUUAUUCAGUGAAGAGUGAAUUCUCAGAUUUCACUAGGGAAUUAAAAUUAUACAUGUAAAAUAAACAAACACUCUCUGGGUUCCAGUUCAUUGAAUUCCCAAUAAUUAUUAACAGUUUUUGAGAAAACCUUGAAAAUAAAAAACUUUUUGUGCAGCUGUGGUUUUACAGUUCUUUUUACGAAAACUGUAUAUUUUAUUGACAUUAAUAUAAAUGAAUUUAUAAAAGGGAUUUUUUAAAGAAGCAGCCUCACCCCUUGAAAACAUUUGAUGACUAAAAUUAGCAAGGACUGGUUUUUCCGGUCUAUAUGCUGGUUUCAAACAAUAAUAGAUGUGCCAGCUACUCAGCACUACCAGAUUAAUAAUGCACACUCAGGGGAGUUAAAACAAAAUUAGUCUUCUGUAGGAUCCACUGAUAAGAAAAAUGCUUAGAGGCAAGAGUCAAUUCUUAUUUCUCUUCAAUGGGUAAAAUCCUAAUAACAUUCUCAAAAUACUUUUUGAAAGGUCUGGGUUUGUUUAAGGCAAAUUACAUCUUUCAUUCUUAAUAAAAAAUUAUUCCGCCAAGGUUAAAAGGGAAACUAUAGUGCCAGGAAAACAAAGCUGUUUUCCUGGCACUAUAUCUUUCCCCUUUGUCAAGCCCCCCUCCCCCCGUGGUGCAGAAGGGGUUAAUAACCCCGUUUGUCACACACCUGGGUCCAGCGCCGCUGAGCGCUGGCUUGGCUCCGUCCACAUUCCUCCCCUGCCAUCAGCCGUGGGGAGGGGAGCAGACCUAAUGCGCAUUCACUGCUUUCCUAUAAGGAUUCGAGUGACGCUGGAAGUCCUCAUGCAUAGCGUGAGAACGUCCCGCAUCAUUUAGGCGACCAAAAGUGCCAUCGAGACCGAAAGUCCCUUUAGUGGCUGCCUGGUAGACAGCCACUAGAGGAAGAGUUAGCCCUAGAAGGCAAUUAUUGCAGUUUAUUAAAAAAAACACAACAAAAAAAAACACAAACACAUUUCUAGUCGUACAACAGGAUACAUUUACCAUAUUAGUCCCAUUACCAAAAACUUUCCUUGAUAUGUCAAUGUACGAACACUGAAACAUUGAGCAUUUGGUAAUGUCAGUCUGCUAAAAUUAAAGGGACACUAUAGUCACCCAGACCACUUAAACUCAAUGAAGUGGUCUGGGUGACAGGUCCCUCAGGUUUUAACCCUUCAGAUGCAAACAUAGCAGUUUCCAAGAAACUGCUAUGUUUACAUUUGGGGUUAAUCCAACCUCUAGUGGCUGUCUUCUGGGUGGGGGCACACUCAGGGCACUAUGGUGUCAGGAAAACUGCUUUGUUUUCUCUGACACUAUAGUGAUUCUUUAAAUAAUUUAUUUUAUUUUAAAGUCCUAUGACUGCGCCCGGACGCUUCAGAAGAGGCGCCGACUGUGCCACAUCACGAAGAUCAAGACUAGAGACCAGUCGACCACACAGCUACCGGAUAGAAUAAUGGGCGCAUUUCGCGGAUUCUACGAAGAGCUUUAUAACCUACCCACAGACCGCUCCGACGAUGCCCACCGCCGCAGAGACACAGAGAUAGAAGCAUACCUCCAAAAUCACGUUAUAAAACACUUUAAGCCGCGAACAGGCGGAGGAGCUGGAUGCCCCUCUUACCCUGGAAGAACUCCAACUAGCGCUGAAGGGCGCCAAACUGAACAAGGCCCCGGGCCCGGACGGCUUCCCGGCAAGAUAUCUCAAGGAAUUCGGUGAUGUCCUGCUACCUAAAUUGCUCACGGGCCUUAAUUCCCUCCUGGACGGCGAGGCCCUUCCACGGGACCUCCUAACGGCCACUAUCACCGUUAUCCUUAAGGAGGGAAAGGACCCGUCCAGCUGUGCGAGCUACAGGCCGAUAUCCCUCCUAAAUGCUGACCUAAAGCUCUUCACGAAGGUCAUCGCCACGCGCAUCGGCAGGAUCCUACCAGAGCUGGUACACCCAGACCAGGUCGGAUUCAUCCCGAGAAGAGAAGCUAGGGACAACACUAUACGGGCUCUGAAUGUCAUCCAGGCGGCACGGCAGUCCUCGCAAAAGAUCCUACUUCUCUCUACAGAUGCGGAGAAGGCCUUCGACAGGGUCGACUGGCGCUUCAUGAAGGCAACGUUGAGGGCCAUGGGUUUUGGGCCGAAAAUGUUGGCGUGGAUCUCCUCCCUGUACGUGGACCCGACUGCACGUCUCCGGAUCAAUGGCGCACUAUCUGAACCUAUCCGGAUUCGAAACGGAACACGACAAGGCUGCCCGCUUUCCCCCCUUCUGUUUGCCCUCUCCCUGGAGCCAUUCCUGGGGGCGGUCAGGCGGGAGGGGGGAAUUGGGGGACUCAAUGUCUACGGGCAGACGCAUAAGGUAGCGGCCUAUGCCGACGACAUGCUGUUUUUCGUUGCCGAUCCAUUGGUGUCCUUGCCGAACUUGCUGAAGGCCUUCGCGGAAUACGGUAGGGUGUCUAAUAUGAAGCUGAACACGGAUAAGUCAGAGGCACUCCCCAUCACCAUUAACAAAGAGCUGACCGAACACUUGAAGACCCAAUUCGCCUUCACGUGGUGCUGCCAUAAAAUUAAAUACCUGGGAAUAUGGCUCUCGGCGGACUUAACCCAACUUUACACCCACAACUUCGCCCCGAUGCUUCACACUCUGAAAACAGACCUGACACGCUGGGGGAGCCUCUGUGUGUCCUGGUUCGGAAGAAUAAAUGCUAUAAAGAUGAACCUCUUGCCCCGCCUCCUUUACCUAUUCCAAACCAUCCCCAUUAACCCGCCUAUCUCCUUCUUUAGAUCCGUCGAGGCAGCCAUCACACAGUUUAUAUGGUGCUCUAAGACCCCCAGAUUGAAGAAAAUCCACCUUCACCAACCGAAAGACAGGGGUGGAACCGGCCUCCCUUCUAUAAGGGACUACCACAGGGCGACACACCUGCUCAGAGUAGUGGACUGGCACGUGCCCAGGACCGACAAGGCCUGGAUCAACCUGGAACGGGCACAAUUGGGAGGCGCCCUGCCGGCAGUUGCCUGGCUAGGGGGCCCACUGACUAACUCGCGGACUCGGAACCACCCUCUGAUAGGGGCGACACUGCGGACCUGGUACUCCAUACGGACGAGGCUCCAGCUGUCCACCACACCGGGACCACUCACCCCAAUCACACACAACCCGGAACUCGCGGGGAGCCUCACUCCCCGGGAUAUCGAGGCGUUUGGAGAGGCGGAAUGGACGUUCAUGCACCAAUGGUGUACAGAGGACUCAUUAAAGCAACUCCCGGACCUGAUACGAGAGGCAGUGCCAUCGGGCCUGGACAGGUUCCGGUACUUCCAAGUUAAGACCUACUAUCAGUCACACACUGGACGCAGCCUGUUCCAUAGACAGACCACGGAACUCGAGGACCUGUGCAUGCAACAAACCCAUAUGACCCGUGGUGUCUCCACCCUCUACAAAAUGAUCAUCACCGCAUCCGCCGGGGAACCCAUGAAACACAUGACACGCUGGGAGGAGGCCGCGGGCAUCACACUUUCAGCCCCCCAGUGGACGAAAAUCCACAUCCUGACCCAUCAAAGCGCCAUGAGUUCCAAACACCAAGAGCUAAACUAUAAACUACUGACUGGCUGGUAUAGGACCCCAGCGCGGCUUCACCGGAUGAUGCCCGAGGUCUCCGAGGUCUGCUGGAGGUGCGGCAUGGGGACGGGUACUGACUUGCAUAUUUGGUGGUCAUGCGAAAAGAUAGCCACCUACUGGAGGCAAGUCCAUGCAAAGAUUAAGGACAUUAUGGAUAUAGAGCUCCCCUUUCAACCGCUGCAGAUGCUCCUUCACCACACUCCCCUACCCUUAUCGCGCUAUAAAAAAUCCCUGACCAGACACCUCUUAAAUGCGGCCAAACUUCUUAUCCCGAUCAGGUGGCGGUCCCCUCAGGUGCCAACUCUUGUGCAUUGGAUGGACAAAGUGGAGGAGAUUCAUGGCAUGGAACAACUCACGGCCUCUCUCCGGAACACCACGGAACGCUACCUACAGAUCUGGACCCCAUGGCUCAUAUUCAUCGCUGAGAAUCGCACUGCCAGGACACAACCAACGACUGACGCCACCCUCACAGCUGCAGGUGGGACUGCAUAGGUCACUCGAGGGUUUCGGACGAACUUGGGAGCCCUAGGGGAGCCACUGUGGAGGGGCGCAGAGAGGGAUUGCACCCCGUAGGGGGGAACCUCGAGAAGAUCGCAUUGUCCUCUACCACCCUUCCCUUAUGCCGUCAAGCUUCCCCACUCCCCCUCCCCCCUCUCUUUUACUUCCUGUAACUCCGCUCACUCUGCUUUACCUGCUCUCACACCUCUAGGCCUCCUGUACCGAAUACGUCUAGCGCUGGGCGUAAGUGGUACAGUUAAAGCGGGCUAAAGCUGGGCCAACCGAAUACCUAGAGUCAGCGCCACCCCGUACAUCGUUUAACAAGCGACCGAUGCCCCCUGAUAGACACUCCGUGAGUAGGAGAGAAGUAGGGUACCAUAAGGUGGACAUUCAGCUAUGAGAGCCCCCUAACCAGGGUGACGCAACACGACGUCAACGACACAAACAUGGUAGAGGCCGACGUCCGACGCAUGACGGGGAAACAGCAUAUCCACGGGAGCCUGGGGAUUACUGGGACGAGGAGAACUGAGAUCCCCCACGAAUACUACAUCACUCAUGACACUUAGCUCUUAGACCCCCGACAGAAAGCUGACCCCUGGUUACAAACGACCCACUGGGGGAGACAUACCGACGAGUGCCGGGUACGCUUACACAUCAUAAGGGCUGCAGGCUCGCUAAAUACCCAAGCAACAAGGGGACUGCAAUGCACAUACGUGCCCUCAACCCAGACAUCUAGCUGUUCCACCGUAAGGGUUCACUGCUUUGGGUAGCGCUCACUAACCAGGCUAAUAUCUGCUAGGUACACCCAAUCCAAAUUAUCACUUAAUAAUGGGAACAAUGCUAACGCACUCAUUUAAAGCGAGCCCAGGCAAAGCGUAUGGCCUAAACUUCACUACACGCUCACAGGGAGCUGAGGUGAGUGCCCAUGUGCUUCUCACUUGCCCUCGACCGAUCUCCCUGUAAUCCCCUAAAUUUUCACUACUUGAGAUUCCUAAACUCCACAUACUGCUGUUCGCUUAGACUACCGAGAAGCACGAUUGAUACAUAGUUACAGAAUACCUUCACACAAUAUCAACCGUUUUACUACCACUACGCUAUUCUUCCUAGAAAUGUUUCUCUUAACAUAUACAGAGGCUCAAAGUUACUAAGAAUUGUCUUAAAAUGUAUUGUAUUAUACCUGUUAUGUAUGGAACAUUGUUGUUUCCCUUCUUCAUUUUGUAUCCCAUACGACUCAAUGCCUCAAUAAAAAAAAAAAAAAAGUCCUAUGACUGCUUUCUUCCACACGGGAAACAUUUUUUAAAUGAUCUUUCCCACCUCUAUAUCUGCACAUUAUGGUAGCACAACGCAUUGUAGGGCUAUUAUAAAAAUUAUUUUUUCCCCACGGUCAAUUCUACUUCCCAGUCUGGUCAUGGUUAUAUAUCCUUAUCACAUCACUAAAGUGUUGAGGAAUAUGUUGGCUCAAUAAUAAUAAUAGAUUGGAUAAUCAUUCAUUUCACAUACUAAAUCACACCACUUUUUAUUAUACACAUUUUCACACAUGCAUUUACAUACUGCCAACUUUGCAUAUACAAAAGAUGUGUAUCAGGUGUAAUAAAUUGUACAGGGGUAUUCAGACUUCAAUGAAAAACACAAGGCAAAAAAAAAAAAAAAAAAAGUCAUGCUUGCUUGAUUGGGAGGCAGUCUGAUGUCCAUUAACUAACCUGACAGUUAUUUGGGCAGAUCUGUCCCCUUUGGGUGGAGCGAGUGACGCAAUUGAGUCACUGGUCAGCCUCCUUUAUCCUCCUCCCACUAUAACUCCCGAUAGUUGCCCCCUAUCUGGUGGAUACCAACUGCAGUGCAGAAGGUAUUAAAACCUCUGACAGAUACUUACCAGAGUCCAGCGCUGAUGUCCCUCCUCCCCUGCAGCGCUUGAAAUGACCACGUUCUCAUUAGAUAUUGCUAUAAUAAUGCUUGUAUAAAGCAUUCCUACGGGGUUUUAGGCGACGAAGGACGUCCGCUCGCUACGCAUGGGGAUGUCCAGUGUCACCAAAAGUCACGACCCCUAGCAGGUAAUUAUUGCAGUUUUUUAAAAACUGCAAUAAUUACAACUGCAGGGUUAAGUGACCAGGGGACACUGCACCCAGACCACUUAGUCUGCGUCUAUAGCCUGUCUCGGCAAGCUGAACACUAUAAACGUUGCCUUUUCAGACCACUGUUACUCAAUCGGCCACUAGACAUGCUUGCCAUUUCAGUGCUGCACAGUAUGCAGUACUGGCGUUCACCAUCUCAAAGUUCUGCAUUGAGGCGCUGAACUUUCCCCAUAGAGAUGCAUUGAUUCAAUGAAUCUUUAUGAGGAGAUGCUAAUUAGUCAGGGCAGCAUUUGCCACACAUGCACAAUAGCCUCUCAAUGCUUGCCUAUGGAAAAGCAUUGUGGGGCGGAUCCUGCAUAAUCCCUGGACUUGGUGCAGGACUCCGUGAUACUACAUUCACAAAACACUAUACUCCCAGUUUGCCCACUGUUUUGACCCCCUUUACAGAGAGUUAAUAGAGCGCUAUUUGAAAGGGAGGUACAGUGGACCACUACGAACAAUAGCUACCUGAGAGCCUCUUUUUUUUCCAGCCCACAGGAGCCCCCAUUAAAUGACCAGCAUUUGAUAUCAACCGUUCUGGAACGGUUUUCGGCCAGGGCUUUCUUAGCGGCUAAUUUUAAACGCUAAUUUCCAACUCGAACUAUCUGGGGAUGUAUGGAGUGUUGUUUUGGGGGAUAUUUUAUGUUGGGCCUCUGUGCCUAGGAGAUAGUUGGAUUAAGGUUGUAACCCUCUCCCAGACCCAGAAACGCAAGGGCGGGAUCAGAUAUACAGAAGACAGACUUCCGUGACAGUCACAAGUAAACAGUCAAUAAGCCUGUAGUGGUUGUGGAGUAAUUUAGGGCAUAACCCAACAUAUACAUUAACAGCUAGACUGGAUCAAGCAUCAAAAAAAGAAGAGUCUGCUAUACCUUGAAUGGAGACCCCAUGCUGGUGGUCUAGGUUUAAAAGCUGCAUGGUUUAAAAAAAAACAAAAAAAAAAAACACUAAAACAUAAUUGUUGUUCUGCCCAGCACUGUGUUGUCUGAGGUCUGGGGAAAGGGGCUGUGACGGACUGCCUGCCUCCGCCAAUUGCUGCUUCCUAAUAGCCUGGAGUACUACAAGCACCAGACACAUAAGCACCGUAGCCCCUCAGCCACCGCAGCUCGACUGGGGUCUCGCUGUCCUCCACCCACCCCGAACCCAAACCCAAGAUCCAGCUUCCAGUGGGUGGACCUCUCCUACUCCAGAGAGUCUGGCAGGUACAGCUGUUCCCUAGAAUCACGAGACGAGGCUGCGUGUUGAGGGUGAAGUGAGCGGAUUUUAAUGGUAGCCACAGCUGGCCUUUUAUGCAAGGGGUUUCUGGUGACAUAUUCCAGGGGCAUUCCCCACUGGACUUUAGAGGGGACAGCAACAUAAGCACACACAGAAUUACAUUACCUCUCAGGUCCAGGACAUGCAUAAUAAAAAUACCCCAAAAUAUAUAUACUUAACAAUGAGGUAGCCCUUCAAGUUCUAUAUCCCCGGAUAGCAUGGAUCUGAGCGCCCAACAUAUCUCAAAAUACUCCGAUCCCACGAAUGUAGCCGAAACGCCACCGGGGUAUUAAGCCCCAAACUCCGGAGGGCCGGAGUUUGGGAAGUCUGUUUUAGACCGACCGCACAUGAGGCGCAUGGCCAAAAUAGUUCCAUAAAUUGAGGCUGUGUGGUCGGUCUCUUUUGGGAGUACCAAAAUACAUCACAUACAUAUGAAUAUCAGUUUGUGCGUACGUUACCAUAGUCUCUGUGGUUCGGGGAAUGUUUCCACAGAACGCCAUUAUGUUCGUAAGAAUAUUGUCGAAUAUGAGUAGGAAUGCAAGUCUCAGCGGUGUUCGUGCUGCUGAGUGUCCAAUUUUAGUUCCAUACACUCAACAACCAAACACCGCUGGCCGUGGUCAUAUCUCAAGAUGGCCACCACCACGUGUUCACACAAAACGGACGACCACCCAGCCGACCGCUUAGAACGUUGAGGUGUUCGCGGUUACGGAGGUGCUAGUAGAGGUCAAUAGGGUCAACAAGCGGCACACUCCGCAUCUGGGUGGUUGGUCAUUCGGUAGUUUAUUAUUUGAAGGGGACAAUGUUAAUAUACCGGCAUAGAGAAUUAAACCCUCCCCCAAAAUAAAUAAAUAAAUAACUAACUAACUAAAAUCCAGGGACAGGGAGAUCUGUCACAGGGGCUAUAAACACGAACACUCUUUUUCCAGCUAAGAGGGAAUUCCAGCAGAGAUAUCCAGUCAGGAUAUAGGAGCUCCCCCCUCCCUGACUCUUACCUGGGCACUCCCACUCCCUCCCCCCAACUCUUUCCACUUUGAUCAGCAGCAGGUCCUCUGUUCUCGCGAUCUGCGAAAGCGUUGCCGCGGAUAACGAGAACCUGCUGCUUGGAGAUUCCUGUAAGCGGCCCCCUUAAAUAUGACACGGGCAGAAAAAAUGCCACCCCUGUGAAAGUGCGCCCCAGCAUCCCCUUAGUGAGUAGCACCCGGGGCGGACCGCCCACUCCGCCCCCCUUAGUACGCCACUGGGCCAGUGACCUAAAAAUUGUUAAACACUAUAUAGUGUUCGGAAUACAUCUAUAGGUAUUCCUUUAACCUGGGUAAGAGUGCAAGGCCACAAAGGAUUGUAAAUUAUUGUCCCUCAUCACAGCUGCACCCACUGCGACUAUGGUAAUUAUGUUACUGAUUUACAGGAUGGUAACACCUUAAAAUUGCAGCUGCAAGCGUUUGUAGGAACAGCAUUUUUAGUGUGUGUGUGUGUUUAAUAACUCUGAGCAAAGGUUCAUUAGAAGUGCAUUGCAAAUAUGUAGUAGAUGUUCCUGUGGGAUAUUCUCUAUUACUCCUGAGGGGGGCACUGUUGUACAUUUAGUGUAAAUUAGACCAAUUUAAAGUGGAAUACCUGUCCUCCUGUGUGAACAGCUGGAACCCAGUUGCAUAGAACAGAACAUACAUAAAUUGACAUUUGGGGUGGAACAAACCUAAGUUUCAGGCUGGUAAUUAGAACACAGAAUUAUCAUGAAUAACUGCACAUUUUUUUGAGAAGUAAAAUAAUAUGCAACAUGACAGUAGAGUAGUGUCAUACGUGUAAUAUAGAUAGGUCAAGCUUGGGUAGUAAGAAAUAAACAUAAUUUGAGUUCUAUAAAAAAAAAAAAAAUCAAGCAUAACACAGGAGUCCACUGUAGAGAAGAAGGACAAACCUGUUGGGUUGCCACAGUGUUACAGAAGGCCAAUAGGAACGCCUGAGCUUUCAUCUGAUACCCGCUGUGACAAACUGCCCUAAAAUGCUCUUAUUUUCCCCAAGCUCAUGUUAUUUGCCCUUUGGUUCGGUAUUUUAUCUACAGAAAGCCGACCAACCCCUGCCUCAUUAUCUUAAAAGUAACCAUAAAUUUAAAGGAACACUAUAGUCACCAAAACAACUCUAGCUUAACGAAGCAGUGUUUGUGUAUAGAUCAUGCCUCUGAAGUUUCACUGUGUCCCUUUAAUUAAGUGCUCUCUCUGGGUGGCUGCCAUUUGUGAAGGACAUGUGCGCUGGAAAACGGUGGCCAUCUUGUCUCCCAAAGGCAGGCAGCGGUACUUGGUCGUUGAGUGUCUGGAACUCCAAGCCGGAAACUGACUUGUGAACACCGGUAACUUUGUACCCCCACCUGCUUCUAUUCCAGACAAGCCAGAAAAGGUACUGUUCGGUGGAAAGGUACACACGAACAAUCGCUACCUACGAGCUGGAGGAACUGUUCGGUAUUUUGUUCGUUUAGGAACUCCCGAAAUUGAACAACCGCUACCACUUUUCUUAUGGAACCAAUUUGGGCAGACGCCACCUGUGCGGUCGGUCAAAAACAAACAAACCCCAUAACCUUUACCCCGGUCGUGAUUCAGCUGUAUUCGAGGGAUCUGAGCGCUAUGUGGACAAUUUGGGAGCUUAGAUCCGAGGAUAUAAGACUUGUAGGGAUUCCUAUUAAUAUUGUGUUAGUUUUGGGGUGUUUUAUUCACUGUACCCCUAGUGCAGGGUAGGCAACCUUUUAGCAGCACUGUGCCGAAAUAAGAAGCGAGCUGGUCCUAUUUUAUUUUAUUUUUUAUUUUAUUUUUUAAUUGAGGUGUGCAUGUUGCCAUAUUCUGCUUGUUUUAUUUAUCAUUGUAUUUGUGUGUAUAUGAGCCAUUAUAUUGUAUAUAUUAAUGAGUAGUUUGUGGUAUCCUGUAUGAUACCUCGAGGACAGGUGCUGCAACAGCAGCUGUACUACCGUGUGGAUUCCCAUUCACAAGUGCUGGGAGGAAGUGAUCUGAGGUAACUUCCUCUACAUGCUGCAAUACAUACAUUUAAGAUUGUCCCUCACAACCUUUUCGUAUUAGCAGAUAUCUGAAGUUUCCCUGGGACUCCUGAUAGGCCAGAUCCCGUUUGGCUCUAGCAGCCUUGAAUGCCAUGCAAAGACACCUCAAGUGCCAUAGGUUGCCUCCCCCUGCUCUAGUGCCUGGGAGAUAGUUUAAGCAAAGUAAACGCACUUAUCUCCCAGACACGGAGGCCUAUGUUUCUGACCCCAUGUUUGUGUUUAUACAAGUGGGCUAUCAUAAUUAAUCAUUCCUGUUGUACCCUUCAAGAACAUGAAGUUCGUUACACCCGCCUUGUGAGAAGACCACUGGGUCUGUGGAUGGGUGACCGUAGCUUGGGGUAAUGUAGCUUAAAAGUCCCUUGAUUCAAUGUCUGGAGGAGAGGAGCCACCUAUCCUAAGCCAAUAAUGAUGGAAAGUCGCAAAAGGUAAUAAAUGCGGACCAAGAGGGGGCCAAGGCUGAGUUUAGUCGAUUUGUCAAGGUCUCCAAUAUGUGGUGAAUAUAUAUUUUGUGGUGCUAUUUGCAGACUGACUGGAUUCAAUUGCUCAAAGUAUCGUCCCAAGCUCAGGAACGAGCUCAGCACACCUCUGCUCUGCUUGCCAGUCAGACUCCAUCCCCCCAAAGUUUAUGAAAUUUACAUCCCUUAUCAUUCAGAUUGAGGACGUAGUAAAACAUAAUAGAUAGGAGCCAGAAAGGAAAAAAAAAAAAAAAAGUCAAAGGAUAGUAAGAAAAACGUAACCCUACACCUAAGGGAAUAAAAGUAAAAUAUACAACAUUUAAUAUACAGUAGCUGUGUAUUUUUCCUAUGCUUCACAAAAGAUGGCACUUCCUUUUGUCAAGCACUCAGAUUUCAUUAGAUAGGUAAGGGGGAAAAUGCUCUAUGGAGGAUUCAGUGGUAUUGCCGGGUUCCCAUAGACAUCAGUGUUGCAAUCUUGCGCAUGUGUAAGAGUACAGCGCUCACGUUCGCUACUGGCAGAUGAAGCAACAGGAGCAGAAAAGGACCUUGUGUAAGAAGGCGGCGGCGAGUGACAAUUAAGUAAAAACUGAGUUUUCCUGCCCCCACCCCCGCCCCCACAGCCAGCGGAAAGUAAACAGAGCAGUCACCAUCUGGGGUAUUUGCAAAAUAUGUUUUUUUUAAAUGUGUUUUAUUACUUUUGUUUAAUGCCCUCAAAUACAAAAUUAUGUUGUCCGUAUGUAAAAGUCAUGUAUUGUCAGUUAAUACGCGUUUCAAAAAAAAUGGCUUGUUUCUGGUAUUUAGAUUUUAUAUAAAAAUAAAUUACUCCACUCCUCCCCCCCCCCAUUUUCCUUACUGACAAGAACUAAAACUCUGCAUAUGCUCUUUCAAUAUCUUAAAGGAAAUGUAUGUUACAUAUUAUGUAGUCAUAUCUGCAUUUAAAGGGACACUAUAGUCAAUGUCACCAAAACAACUACAGCUUAAAGGACCACUCCAGGCACCCAGACCACUUCAGCUUAAUGAAGUAGUCUGGGUGCCUGGUCCAGCUAGGGUUAACCCAUUUUUUAAUAAACAUAGCAGUUUCAGAGAAACUGCUAUGUUUAUUAAUGGGUUAAGCCUUCCCCCUAAUCCUCUAGUGGCUGUCUCAUUGACAGCCACUAGCUUGCGUGCUUCUCACUGUGAUUUUCACAGUGAGAGCAAGCGUCCAUAGAAAGCAUUGUAAAUGCUUUCCUAUACCGGCUGAAUGAAUCGGCGCAGCUCUUGCAGCGCGCGCAUUCAGCCCAGGAGGAGGAGGAGGAGGGCAGAGAGAGCUCCCGCCCAGCGCUGGAAAAAGGUAAGUUUUAACCCCUUUCCCGAGCCGGGCGGGAGGGGGUCCCUGAGGGUGGGGGCACCCUCAGGGCACUAUAGUGCCAGGAAAACGAGUAUGUUUUCCUGGCACUAUAGUGGUCCUUUAAUGUAGUUGUUCUGGUGCCUAUAUCAUGUCUUUGCAGGCUUUUUAACAUACACAUGACCUUUUCAGAGAGUGGAAGGAGCCAGCCGUGAGGAGACCCAUGCAGUGCUAAAAAAAAAAAAAAGGGGAGUAAAGUCACCUUUUACUUUGCUGAUAGGGGACAGAGGGGCUAACCUAUAGUGACAGGAAUAAGUGUGUGUUCCUUUAAGCAAUAAAAAUAAUUGCAGUGCUAAUACACAUAAUUUCAUAACUACUUACACUAAUGUAUUUUUAGUUUUAUAGUACUGCAAUUAACCUUUACUAUAUAACCUAUUCAUUCUUAUAUUGACAGCCUAAUGGAAACCUUAUUCAUAGCAAAGUGCCAGUUGAUUUUGCUAGUUCACAAGAAGAUCAUGGUGUACAUUUUAUUUUCUGUGAUCAACUUAUUCUCAACUCUCUAUUUUGUUAAAAAAGGUGACUAUGCGAUAUUGAAACUGUAUAAUUUAAAUGGAUAUGAUGCAGAGCAGUGUGGUCUUACUCUCAGUUCUGAGUCCAAAUUUGAUAUGCAACUCUUUUUUACAAUCCCCCCUGCCUUAAUCCUAUGUUCAAUCAUGCGGCCUGGAAUGAGAGUUCCGAGUUGCCUGUAUUAAAGGCUAAACAAAUACAAAAGAUACACCACAAAUGAAAACAUGCAUGCAUUUGUCUGGUCCAUUGUGGGAAGGUCUAAAAACCAUCUUGCAAAAGCUUUGCAAGCUCGCCUCUUCUAACCUCGCCAAGACUUUCUGUGGUUGUCCAAUUAUAGACUUUCCAAUCAUUAAACUCAACUGUUGCUACUCCUGUGUCUGUCUCCCUCCAAGUCAUAGGUGCUACCAUCAGCUCCACCAUGCAGGCUCGCUGCCUAGGUGUUCUCUUUGACUCCAACCUCUCCUUCAUGCCUCAUGUUCAGUCUAUCGCCAAAUCCUGUAGUUUUCAUCUCAAAAACAUUGCGUGCAUCCGACCCUACUUGACGCCAGAUGCGACUAAGGUGUUGGUCCAUUCCAUUUUAAUCCACUCUGUUCCCAACUUGCGCCGUUACAGUCCAUAAUGAAUGCGGCGGCGAGGCUCAUCUUCCUGUCCGCCCGCACCUCCCAUGCCUCACCCUUCUGUCAGUCCCUACAUUGGCUUCCUAUAAAAUAUAGGGCUCAGUUUAAAAUUCUGGUUCUUGCUUUCAAAUCUCUACAUAAUGCUUCUCCCACCUAUCUAUCCUCCCGUCUAGGCCCUUCCGAUCUGCUGAAGACUUACGUCUAUCUUCUGUUAGUACUCCUACCUCUGAUGCUUGCCUUCAAGAUUUGCGGAAUUUGCUGGCGCUAUAUAAAUAAAUAACAACAACAAUGUCUUUGCAAGGCAGGUGCUCUGGGCAACUGCCUGCCUCUUGAGUUCAACUCCAUUGAGAAAAACAACCAGAAAGCAAAAUGGACCAAUUGCCUGAAAGCCAGGGGGUGUAACAAGGUUCAUUUAUAAAAGUUCCAAUUUGUAUUUAAAUCUGCACUUCUUGUUAAAGAGGUCACAUUCUUCACACGCGAAACCCUUCAGCAAGCUAAAAUGUUUUAAGGGACUGGAGUUUUGCAUCAGUUUGAGGAACACAACUUGAACAGAGAUCUGUAUUCCCUGGAGGGAGAGCCAAAGUAAGGACUGGGCCUGUGAAAAUGUGGCUCAGAUAAUAGCAGCACACAGCCCAGUAAGCCGAGCUAUGGGUAAACUGAUAGCAACAUAUACACACACAUAUACAUAUAUAUAUAUAUAUAUAUAUACACAUAUAUACACACACACACACACACACACACACACACCUCUCCAUCACCUUUAAACCCAUAGUUUUUCUUUAAUCAAUGGGGUAGUGUGAUGUUGUGGUUGGCUUAACACGAUAUGGUCAUAUGGUGCAAUAUUUGUUUGCAAGAUGAUUUUAAGUAGCCUUGUAAAAUUAAAACUGUGUACAUUGUUAAUCUGUUUACAAUGCUGCAACAGGGAGGACGAGCCGGAGCAGGUAACCUUUGGUCUGCACCUCCGCAGAGUGCACACUGAGAAACCCGGAGGUUGCACUCUGCACGAGGUGCAUACCACAUGCUCCCCCACUUGACCACCAGGGACGUUAACCCUCCAUAGACCCCUAGAGACCAAACACCCUCUCCCUGCGGAAAGUUCGGCAGGAGGGGACAAAACAGAACACACAUUGUGCCACAUCUAGCAAAUAUCACACAGCAAUCAAAUAUCAAAACAUACACAGUCAGUGUGUACCACACAUACAAACAAAACAAACAAACAAACAAACAGGUGGCUUAGAACAUACAGAAGGAGGGGGAAACAGAGUGCAACAGAGGAUGUAACACUCCUGGUUAUUCACAAAAUUUAAUCUGAAUGGAAAAACAAAAAGGGCAAAAAAAAUAAAUAAAAAUAAUUGUGAUUAAAGGAACACUAUAGUCGCCUAAAUUACUAUAGCUAAAUAAAGCAGUUUUAGUGCAUAGAUCAUUCCACUGCAAAUUCACUGCUCAAUUCACUGUCAUUUAGGAGUUAAAUCCCUUUGUUUCUGUUUAUGCAGCCCUAGCCACACCUCCCCUGGCUAUGACUGACAGAGCCUGCAUUGAAAAAAAAAAACAAAAAAAAAAAAACUGGUUUCACUUUCAAACAGAUUUAAUUUACCUUAAAUAAUUGUAUCUCAAUCUCUAAAUUGAACUUUAAUCACAUACAGGAGGCUCUUGUAGGGUCUAGCAAGCUAUUAAAAUAGCAGGGGAUAAGAAAAUCUUGAUUAAACAGAACUUGCAAUAAAAAAAGCCUAAAUAGGGCUCUCUUUACAGGAAGUGUUUAUGGAAGACUGUGCAAGUCACAUGCAGGGAGGUGUGACUAGGGUUCAUAAACAAAGGGAUUUAACUCCUAAAUGGCAGAGGAUUGAGCAGUGAGGCUGCAGGGGCAUGUUCUAUACACCAAAACUGCUUCAUUAAGCUAAAGUUGUUCAGGUGACUAUAGUGUCCCUUUAAGGCUAUGCUGGCUAAGUUUUCCAAGACCUGCUUUUUUUGCCUCAAUUUUUCCAUUUGGAAUUAUUUGAAAAAUGUAUGAUUUUAGUGAAUGAACCAGACAGUGUACAGGGUCUGAAAUCUUAGGGGUCAGGAUACGUAAAUUAGGUCGUCAGCAAUUUAGUCUCCUGGAAAUAAAAUGUAAAAACACACACACCACACACUGACAAGUUCCUAAACAGAAUAUUUUUACAGAUAAUAUUAGCCCACGGACUACAUAAGCUGCCAGUCGGCAAGUUAAUAAGUCCACAAACUUAAACACUGGUGCAGCGACAUUUGAUAAUAGGGGACUAGUAAUGUCGCGAACGGUUCGCUGCAGUUGCUGCAAAUCCCUAAACUUUACCAAAAUCAUCUUUGGACUCAGACGUUUCCAGAAAUUAACCUGGUUAGCUAGGACCCUGAAUUGUUGGGCAGAUUUCACUAGUCACUGCAAAGGUUGAAGGUACGGGAGGGGCUGAUUCAAAUAAAUCAAAGCUCUGUGAACAGUCUCAGGUCUGCUCAGAGAAGGGCUUUUGGGUAGUUCAGUUAUCAACCUCUACUUAAAGGGAAACCCACAGCACCAAAUUCCCUGGCACUUCCUCACAGUAAGUUGUCAAACCAUUUUAGAAUGGUUUAACAACUUACCUGGACAUUGUUUUGGCUGGACCCUCUUCACUUACUGUUCCUGUACGUCAUUCGUGUUUUGUUCGAAUUAAAUGUUUGUCUUGUUUCCUGACACUGGGUGUCACCGUCAAAUACCGGACCAAAAGAUCUGUUUCAAUCCAGGAAGUGCCCCCCAGUAGCUGAUAGACAGCCACUGGAGGCAGACUUAGGAGCUGCAACUAAACAUUGCAGUUUCUAUGGAACUGCAAUGCUUAAUAUUGAUGCAUGAAGUGCAAAAGGGACAGUGCACCCAGACCACUUGAAUGAGCUGUAAGGAUGUCUGUUACCUCAAUUAAGCCAAGCCCUGCAAAGUAUAAGCAUCAUUUACUGAACAGCAAGAACUGUAGUGUUUUGAAAACAGAAUUUCACCUUUGACACCUAGUAUGGACUUGAAAAAAAAAAAAUACUAUUUAAAUGGUUGUAUCCACCUAACAUUAUUUAUCAUUUGCAAAAAGAAAUGCAAAACAGUGACCACAACAGUUUGAGAAUUUCUUCCAAAUCAGCUAUUUUUGCCUCAUUUCAGUACUUAAUUCACCAUUUAGUAAAUAAACAGCAGAGCUCUGCUAUUUCAUUCUACAUGCUUCAAUUACCUCUCCAAUUUACCACAAUUCGCUGUUUAUUGAAUAGGUAACUAUAAGGAUCUGCAUUGGUACUAUAUCGUCAGAAUGAUCUUUUCAGAAAACACGCAUUACCUCCAAUAAAAGCCCCUCCAGGGCUCUCUGGGAUCAGCACAUGACCCUUUUCUCUACAGUUCUAAAACGAGAGAGACUCAUGAUCAGCGCUUACCCCUUCCUACACCCACAGGAAGACAAUAUGGAUUGAUUUUAAUAGAGGGCAGGCUGGCUAGUUUAUAAAAAAAAAAAAAAAAAAUGAAAAAAGAAAAAAAUCAUUGCAGAGGAAACAGCGAGAGUGAAUUACAACACACACACACACACACAGCUAAUUAGUAAUGCCAUGUGAGGUCACUAAUGGGCAGCUUAUAGACUGUUUUAGGCGUUCUGCUUCCUGAAGGGGAGGGAUCCACAUCCUUGGAUUGCAGACAUCAUUCUACCAAGGUUGUCUGAUCCUUAGACCUGUGUGUUCUAUACACACUCACCUCUCAAUCUGCUAUUCUAUAGAACCUUCAUGUUGCUGGAUAGUGUGUGGAACUCUCCAGCUGCUACAUAUGUAUUUUUUCUCUAUCAACGCAAUCCUCUAGUAUUUAAAGGACCAGUAACUUGCACACCAUCAUCCUUCAGCCCAACAGAUUUUUUUUUCUUCUUGCUAUUUUAGGUAAACUACCCAAUACAUACAUAUUGUAUAUUAUUUAAAAAUAGUAACCAGGGAAGAGGAGGGGUUGGUGACCCCAGCUGUUGCAGUCAUUUGUUAUUGGGCUUUUUUGUUGUUGUUGGUUUUUCUUUCUCGAACAGUAAACAAAAAGCAGGAGCUGCAGUUGUUUCCAGCAAAGCCCAGUUCGUAUCAGAGUCACUGAUGAGAAGCCAAAGGAUCUGGGAGCCGAGCCUGCACCAGAUACUGCGCUGCCCAGUAAGUGCUCACUUUGUGGCGAUCAGACCGCUUUGAAUUGGAGUUUUGCUUUAAAUGCAUAUUCGCUGCAUUAUUGUGAUAUCGUUAAUGUGGAUUGAAGGACGCGCAGCAAUGUAUGGACAGCGGGCUCAGCAAUUCUUAGAGGAAGCCCAGCCUACUCUGUGCCAUGUAUUAUUAACCCACUGGGUGCCAGGGUUUGUAAACAAUGCAUUGCAAUAGUAUAUUUGGUACUAGAGCUGUAUGGCCUUAUAUAGUAGCUGAUGUAUCACCGACUCCUUGGUUGUAAUGUAGAGCGUGUGUGUGUCUUUGAAACCUAAAACACCCACUAAAUAACCUUGAAUUUCCAUUAAGGUUAUUCGCUGAACUGAGAAAUUAUCAGGAAGUUCAAAUUAUUCAAAUCUGCUAUUUUUCCAUUCUCUAAUUUGAUCUAAAAAUUCAAACUCCCAGUUAGAAAAAUAACUUGGUUUGUUUUCUUAACCUUGUGUUUUCCUGUUGGUGGUGGUGUCUGUGUGUGGAUUGAUAAACUCCUAGCUAUGUGUUUUAAACUAUAACAUUGUUAAUUUGUUUCUGAGUUAAUGUAAACAGAACGCUUUUUUUUUUUUUUUUUUGGAUUCAUUCCAAAUGACUGUUUGUCAGUUGCAUACAUGGCAGGUCAUGAAGUCACAUAACAUAUUACUGAAUAGCUCCACCUUAGAUGACAUUUCCAGCAGCACUCCUGUAUCAAAAGUGCCUCAGUUUAUGAGAACCUCUUUAGCCAUUUAAAUAGGAACUGCCACUAAAGAAAUGUACGCGCAAACUGAAAAUGUAUUAAUUUAUUUUUGCUGUAGUGGUUAUGGUGCCAGAAGUAUCCCAGUGAUGUGCCAGAAUAACCUGUCCAAAAAUCUUAUCUUAGAGGUUGAGAUGCUUAGCUCAUUCAUUGGCCGAGUUUGCUCGGAUGACAGUCUAUGAAGUAAAUGCUUCAAAUAUGCUUAGCAGUUGACAGGAGACAUUGCUGAUUGAGGGUAUAUUUACAUUUUCUACAAACACAUCCAUAUUUAUUUAUAUGCAUUUCCCUCUGGUCCAGAUGUUGUUGUACUGCAUGUACCAUGUUGUGUGUCUACAUGCUGGCAUUGGAUAGAAACUGUUCCAAUUGCCAUUUCUACCAUAAAUUUUAGGUUUGCGAGACCCGUGACACACAAUUUUAAAGUGAAGUGAACGUGGUUUACAUAGAUGCUUCUUCAAAGUGUUUAUUAUUAUUAUUUUUAUUUUCUUGAGGAUGUAGUUUUGUCAUGAAGCAGUUAUCCUGUGGUGUUGGAGAGCUGUACCAGUUUGCAACUGCUGUUUUUCAUUACUGUAUUUUGUCUUUGUGUUGCAUGUACUGUCCAUCUUAUGCUACUGGAUGCAAUAUACUGUAUUUACUCAAAUCGAGUGUGCACCUCAAUUUUCUUUGAAGCCUGGAAGCUGAAAAAUGUUUUUGCUGGCGAAUGUCAUGCGCGUUUUUACAAGAAGAUACUACUAUACAACAUUGUGCUACAAUGAAAAUGUUUAUUGCCAUAUACCAUAGUAACCUUGAUGGUAUUUCAAUUUUAGUGUUACAUGUUAAGUCUAUUCUUUCUGAAGCCCUUUUUCAGGAACGAAAUUCGCCUGUGUGAAUUUGACGAAAUGCAAUUUGCCGGAAAAUUUAUAAUUUGCCCUUCUAAUGCGCAUUCAAAUUUUUUUUUUAGAGUAAAAACUGUGUUGAGUCACUGCUUUGAUUCUCAACAAGGUAAGCUCUGACAUUUAUCUUCACAAUGUCAAUUAAAUUAAUACUGUUAAGUUGGGUAUUAAUACUCCAGACCUGCACAUACUUGAAAACUAGAAAAAAAUGUACAUUUACUGGUAAAAACUUUUACAAUGUGUCACCCACUGCAAUGACCACUGGUGUCCCCCCUACCACCACCCUUGCAUAUCCUCCUAUACCAGAUCUUAUGAUGUAGAUCUUGCAUAUUCUUUUUGCGAGAGUUCCAGCUAGGAUGGUGUCAGUUUUUCAGCUGGUUAUCAUGGCAACACUAGCAUUGGUAGUUCUAGAUAUCAUGAAGGAUAUGCAGCAUUGGUAGCUGAUACUAGCAUUGGUAGUUCUAGAAAUCAUGAAGGAUAUGCAGCGGCUUACUAACAGGGGUUGGUUCGUCCCAGUUAACAAGCCACAGAGGGGUGCUCACAGCACCCCCUUUCACCACAGCAAGUGCCUGCCGAGUGCAUUGCUGUGGGGGUGCCAUGCGGUAGCGGUCUGCUCUAACACUGUUUUGUCAGUGUCUGUGGAGCUGACGUCAAGGGGCCUGCUGGAAGCUCUCUGCACUGAUUUCCGAACUCCCUUGUGCCCCCGGUAUUGAUGCGGGAGUUGGAAUGUGACAUCACUCUAGCACUAGGAUCGGUACAGAGCAGAAGGGAGCAGGGCAAUCGGUACUGAGGCUGCUUCAAGCAGCAAACCCUGUACCCCAUGGAUAAGGUUCCACUCCAGAUCUACCUGUUAUAGUAAGGGAAGGGAGACUGUGAACCCCCCACUUUCCCAAAAGGAAAUCAAAUGAAAAUUAAAGGUGUGAGUAAGAAUUUGUUUAUGUAUCAGUCUGCGUGUGUCUUUGUAUAUAAAUGUGUUUUUUGUCUUUGUAUAAGAUUGUUUUGUUUUUUAUGAUUGUGAAUAUAUGUGUGCAAUUUCCCUAACAAAAGGGGUUUGAGGGUGUAAAUUCUACCCUUUUAUUUUUUUGGGGUGGGGGGGAGGUGCCAAAAUAUUGGUCACCCCAGCUUGCCAUGUAACCUGGGUAUGCCUCUAGGAACAUGGAGGAUCUGCACCCAUCAAAAGUGCAGACCCGAAGGUCUUUGAUCAUCCUCUGACCGGCUGGCUGGGACACUCAAGGUUAAGGUAGCGCCAGCCAUGUGGUCUGCACCCCUCUAAUUUUGCCAGUGAAUAUAUAUUUUUAUUCAUUUGUCACUCUGUGCAUGCACAAAGUACAUGAAUUUACAGUUCUUUAUUGGGUGCAUACAUGGAUGUAUGUACAGUAAGUGCAAUAUGAGAAGGCCGGCCUUGCCCUUGACUUUGAAUUGUGCAGGGAGCUAGGUGUUGACUCAGGGUGUAUAACGUUGAACUGUGUAUUUGUAAAAAAAAAUAAAAAAAAAAAUUAUAUAUUAUUUGCAGCAUUUGAAAUAGUAUAUGGUUAGGGAGGUGUGUUCUGUUGUUACUGUCAACAAACAGUGACCUUGUUUAAUCAGUAGGAAGAUAUUAUCUCAUCUGAAAGCGGAACAAGCUUGUUACACUAAAAAAAAUGUACUCUUACACAUUCGUGGGGGGGGGGGGUGGAGAAUCAAUCCUUCUCCCUCUUUUCCUUGGGAAGUCUUCAGUACACGGUACUGCGUUAGGGUGACCACAUUUAGAAAAUAUGGUACCUAGUGUCCCCUUUAAAUCUUCAUGUGACAUUUUUAUUUUUUAUUUUUACACUAGUCUAGUCAUUAAUUGUGCACUAACUAGUCUACACACACACACACACACACAUUUAAUUGUGCUUUUAGAAUAUUGCAUUGUGGUGCAUAAGUGAAUCAAUGUUAUGCUAAAUCUAUAAAUAACUUGCUGAUAAUACUUUUGGUAAUUUUGACACACCAUUUGCUAGAAUUGUCCAUUCUUUACUGUUCGAAAUGUGUGCAAGUUGGACCUCCUAGGAUUUUCUAUUUUAAUAAGGGGAAGCCAACUGCAUCAAACUCUGAUGUGGACUGUUUCUGUUCUGGAAUAAAAUCUGUGAUCACGUGGAUUUACUUUUUUCAAACUAUAUGAAACCAUUAAACGUAUGUGUGUUUUUUAAUUCUGAAUGACUGACUGUCUGAUGCAGAAUGGUGCACAGAGGAGGCAUUUAAAUGUAAACCAAUAUAGAAAGGUUUUCAGCAGAUUUUACUUUUCCUUGGGUACUGUAGGCACACUGCAUCAUCGGACAAUUCAAAGAACCUUUUCAUCUUGUAGAUACAAGUAAAAUCCUGGCUUUUGGCAGCUAACAUCACACACAAUGUAGCUUCUGAUGUUAUUGUUUGAAACUGAUUUCAUUAGUGACUGUGCAGCUAUAAAAUGGAACGGUCCCUUCUGUAAAGGUUACACUACUAAAUCCAUUAAAUAAGACACGUACAAUCACCUGUGACUUGUAUAGGUCAUAUACAUUUUUAGCAAUUAAAGGGACAUUAUAAACACCAGAACAACUACAAUUUAUUUUAGUUGUUCUAGUGUCUAUAGUAUGUCCCUGCAGUCUUUUUUUAUGUAAACACUGCCUUUUGAGAGAUAAAGCCGUGUCUACAUUACAGACUAGGAACACCUCUAGUGGUCACUCCUCAAAUGGCUACUAGAGGUGCUUCCUGGGGCAGUGUUAAGAGUGUGCGGCUCUAACGUUCAGUGUCCCUAUACUCUGCAUAAAAUUGCUGAACUUUACCCGUAGGGAUGCGUUGAUUCAAUGCUAAUUCUAAUCAUUCAAGGCACAGCCAGGGCACACACUGCAAAGGAAAAGGAGAAAUGGAAACAUUGUUUCAUAUGUCUUCCUCCCUACAUGAGUGCAAAGGACAGCACUUAUAACAAUGAUUGACAGGGAACUAAGAAGGAGGCGAGGCACUCAAUACAGAGUGCAAAUUUCUAAGUGUUUUUUAUUUUACUUUUGCUAUAUAACUCUAGUGUGUGUGUGUGUGUUUUUUUUUUUGUUUGUUUGUUUUGUUUUUUAUGUGGCAUAAGCAAACAUAAAAUGGAAAAUCCUGGUAAGUUGCAUAUCCUCUUUAUGGUAACCGGUAAAGAAUCCUCAGCCUUUUCACACUUUAUGUGAAAUAACCCAUACCUGGUAACCUCUAUAGGCCCCUGAAUGAAUGCACAACAGACUGACAAUCAAUCCAGCAGCCAGCCCACUGUGGGCGUGCCUUGCAGAGAGUACUGUCCUAGUGCCUGUAGUGUAAGUGUAUCUAAUGUUGUGCUUGCACUUUGCAUGUUGUGGACAGUUCACAAGUGUCCCCAAAAGAGGGACACCAGGUUUUUAAGUCUUGGAUGGCAGGACAGAACCUGCAAAUCGGGACGGUUUGGAGGCAUGAUAACCUAGUGAUAUAUUUUUAGGUAGACAUAAAUGUAACGCUCUUUGAAUACAAAGUAAAGGUGUUCUGAAUUGCAGUGUAACACAGAAGGAUUUAUAAACUAAAUUUUAACUAAAAACUAAUUUGCAAAAUCUGAGUCAAAAUAUGAGUUGGGAAAAACGUUAUCUGUUAUAGCUGCAAUCUGCCUAUUUUAACCUGACUUUUCCAGUUCAGUUUUCAAUUCCUUUGUGAAUAUGCUCUAGAGUCAGGUUAUUGUAAUUUAUACAACAAGCCGUUUUUGUUAACUGUGUGUAUGUCUAUAUGUACCGAAGAGAUAAGAAAAAAAAUACAGCCUUCACAUGUGCUCAGAGCAAAAUCAUGUCACUUGAACCGAAAGAGGUCAAGGAGUCUUUUGUCACAAUUUUUUCAUUCUUUAAGAUGUGUAAUAAACAUGAAGUCCAAGCCAUGUUACAGAAUAUGAUAUCUCAUGUUUGCAGAGAAAACAGAAAAAAAAAAAAAAGUUGUUUGUGAGGCUUGGGAAGAAUAGCUGCCUUAGCAAAUAUUUACAGUUUGGCUAUUUUUGCCUUAAAUUUGAAACUCAUUUUAGUGAAGGACCCUGCAGGUGUCCAAGAGCAAACCAGGUAAGGUCAGUGUAUCCUAAUACCUCUUGCUUGUUUGUAAGGACUGAAAAUUGCUAAUUAGUGACGAAGAUCGUAAUCUUUCUCUGAAACGGCAAUGUUUCACAUUGUAGGGCUGAGGAGACGGGGACAGAUACUGCACCAAAACCACUUCAAUGAAUGAAGUGAUCUGGGUACCUAUAGUGUCCCUUUAAUGGUUAAACUUGAACAGAUGGAUGUACAAUUUUUGGGUUCUGUUGAGAACCUACUGGGGCUAAGGGGCACCUAGUUGGUAUAAAUGGCUCCAUGGCAUGCUGGCAGUGUUACUGAUGUUAGUCUUUGCUGCAGUUGAAAUUACACAGAUUGGUAGCUAUUUAAAACCAUAGCCAUUAAGGUUUACCAUCCUUUUGUGGUUCUAGUAGCCAUAAGCAUGUUCUAUGUAUUUGGAUUUGGCUUUUUUCUGGCUAUUUUACCAGUUUUAUUUAUUUCUAGAUUUCUUACCAUGGCUAGUGGUAUAUAAUAUUUUUCUUACUCUUUAGAGACAUAUGCACUCUAAGGAACUGUAAUACUGACAUCUGUCCUCUUUCUGAUCUUUUGUUAUUUGUUAGGAUUUGGUUUGACUUGCAAGUUAUCUAAUACCUCUUCCUUACAUUAUUCUGGUGUAUCUGACACCUUCUCUUUAAAAAAAACAAAACUGUAUAUUUCUAACUCUGUAGUGCCCUAGUCACUGUUUAAAUGACUAGGCCCCCACUGCAAGGGUUAAAUAGAUUUUUUUUUUUUACUUUUUCUCCCUGGCAGUGCCAGUCUGCAGAAGUCCACCAGUCUGCAGCGGUCCACUCCACCUCUUUGGCUUAGGUGAUCGAGAUCGAUGAUCACAGCCAAUCCAAUGGUUUCCUACAGGAAAUUAUAAUUUUAACAUGCAUGUUGAAUGGGUGAAAAUCAGGGUUUACGCUUCUUGGGGGUUUUAAUAGACCAUGUCAUCCACAAAACAUGUUUGGUUUAUUAGGAGUGGAGCUGGGGUGUAUUGGGAGUGGAGUCGGUGGUGGGGUUCUAUUGUGUCUUCAAAUUUAGCUAGUGAUCACCUUGACAUCAAGCCAAUCCUGCAGCAAACCUCCUACUAACAUGUGCCAGUUCUGUAGCCAUAUCAAAUCUGUCAGGAAGAGUAACUGCUUGAUUAAAGUGUAUCGGGUGUAAAGAGAAGCUGUGGGGGUAAAAUGACCCCCUAGAUUUUAAUGCUGGCUUUUUGUUUUUGCCAGUACACUAGAAACUAAAACCGUCUUGGUUUAUAAAAUGAGAACCUUUACAAAAAAACAAUAAACACAAAACAUGAAGUUAAGUUAAAAAAAUAUUUUUAAAUUCUUGGUAUACUUUUUUUUUCUUAGUAAAAUAGAGACUGGUACGGCUCUUAGCCAAAUGAGUUUGAUUCUAUGUUGUAUCUAUUUUCGAUGAAUUGUGUAUAUACUUUGGAGACAAUUGAUCACACUCCUGAAAUGGGAAGUAUUUAUGUUUGCGUACACUGGGUGUAUGUACUUUUACUAUACUAUAUACUAUGUAUGUACUUUAAAAUCCCUCUGGUUGUGUUUUGUUUUAAUUUAUUUACUUUAAAAUUUUUUUAUUUUUUUUUAUCCUUACAGCCUGGUUUAAUUUGAGGCUUCCCAGACUUGAAGGGAAAUUAAUGGAAUUAAAACGUUAUCUUACCUCAAGGGGUUAAACCAUAGACGAACAUUCCUCCCAGGGGUUUAAAUUUUCAAAUUCGGGAAGUUGUGAUUGUCCGAGAGCGGUCAACUGAUGCUCUCAGUCAGUCAGUGACUCCUCAUUCACAAAACUAGCUUGCAAAAGGUACAUUUCUUUGCAAGUCAGUUUUGUGAUUGGGGAGUCACUGAUUGGCUGAGAGUGGUCAGCUGACGCUCUCAGCCUAUCAGCGGCGCCCCUGGCUGGUGGUGCGCUUCCUGAAUCUAAAAAUGAAAAAGCCUUGAAGCUGCCUGUGGGGAGUGGACAUCGGCGCUGGAGGCACUUAGGGGUUAGACCGUUCUGUGGUUUAACCCCUUGAGUUGAGUGCCUCCAGGGACAUCCUGGCACUAUAACAACCUCAUUUAGAUUUUGUUUUUAUUUUUUUAUUCCUGGAGUGUCCCUUUAACUUGUGGCAGAAAUAACAGUCCAGAUCAUAUAGAUAAUUUACUUAGCAGUUUCAGCAAAAAGCUGUGGUGUUUACACAAGGCUGAAUUCUGUAUCUCUCUGCAGACAAUACCUGUUAACACUAAUAAUCCUUUUAUUUUACUAUUCUAGAACAGGUGAAAGCUGGGAAUCAUCUGCCUAUGUUGGUUUACUAAACAAUACCUCUUUCUAUUUGAACACGGUAUCCACUUGAAAUUACCAUAGAAAGCUAUUUUUACUUUAUCCACCCACAUACCAGUCAUCUACAAAAUGAAUUUCUUUUUUUUUUUUUUUUAAUGCAUUUUGUUUUCUUGUCAAAUCUGUUCUAUACAUUUUUCAUGCAAUUAGCAUGUGAUUUUUUUUUUAUGGGAUGCUUAUUUUAUACUUUAUAUGUGCACAUUUGUAAGAUUAUUUGUGGGUCCAUCACCAAUAUUGAAUAUAUUAGUGUUAUUCCACCUUUUUGUUUUGUUUUGUUUUGUUUGUUUGUUUUUUUUUGUUUUUGUUUUUUUUUUUGAGGUGGGUGAGGGUGACUUAAAAAAAAAAAAAAUAAUAAUAAUUUUUUUUAUUAUUUUAAAUGCACGAUUACUUAAUUUAAAAAUGUAAUUUCUUAGAAAAAAAAUAAAUAUUGAGGGGAUAGGGAAGCAGCAGGGUUCAACUUGGGGAGGGAAGCAGCUUCCCCUUGCUGGCUCUGCCUGCAAAGGGGAAGCUUAAUACGUCUAUUGUCAGUGCUCACUGGCGAUAGGCAUGUUUUAUACACAGAAUUGACAUUCGGAAGUAAAAAAACAGUAACUAAUCCUUGGCACACAAUGGCUGAGUUUCUCUGUAUGUGCAGCCUUUCAAGUUUUGAAGUGGUCAUGGUGAUUGGAGUAACCACUUUACGCAUGUUCAAUAAUCUCUCAACUAAUCACUAGUAAUAUUUUCAGAGGAUUGAUUACUUAGGCAGCCAGAAGUUGUGAAGGGCAGAGCUUAUAACAUUUUAACCCCUUAAUGGCCGUUUGUCGGUACUAGGUACGUCCGUCAAACGGUCGUUAAGGAGCGUGGACGUACCUAGUACGUCCGCAGGAAAUAAGAGUGCUACUCUUUUCUGGGCAAUAUGGGUGGUAUUGUUCUACUCGGGAGACUUCGCAGAACACAAAUAUGAGUUGUUGUGUUUUUUUUUUGUUUUGUUUUUUUUUAACAGUAAAACCGAUCACAGCGAUGAUAUUGUCAGUGAAAGUGAAGUUUUUUUGCAUUUUUCACACACAAACGGUACUUUCACCGAUGAUAUCAUUGUUGUGAUACGUUUUACUGUAUUGAAACACUAAUAUUUGUGUUCAGCGAAGUCUCCCGAGUAAAACCGUACCCCCCCCAUGUACAGGUUUUAUAGUAAAAUUUUCCAUUUUUUUCACAAUGAAAUUUGCCAGAUUGGUUAUGUUGCCUUUGAGAACGUAUGGUAGCCCAGGAAUGAGAAUUACCCCCAUGAUGGCAUACCAUUUGCAAAAGAAGACAACCCAUGGUAUUGCAAAUGGGGUAUGUCCAGUCUUUUUUUAGUAGCCACUGGCCAAAGUUAGUGUGUGUGUGUGUGUAUGUAUGUAUGUAUGUGUGUGUAUGUAUGUAUAUUUUUAACACACAAACAAAUAUAUAUGCUAACUUUGGCCAGUGUUUGUGGCUACUAAAAAAGACCGGACAUACCCUGGGUCGUCUACUUUAAAAAAAAAUAUGUACAUGUGAGGUGUGAUUCAGAGAUUUGACCGAUAAGUGUUAAAAAAAUAUAUAUUUUGAAACCGCAAUAUCCCACUUGUACUUAUAGCCCUAUAACUUGUAAAAGAAAAAAGCGAAGUUAACAUUGGGUAUUUCUAAACUCAGGGCAAAAUUUAGAAACUAUUUAGCAUGGGUGUUUUGGCGGUUGUAGAAGCGUAACAGAUUUUGGGGGUCAAAUUUAGAAAGUGUGUGUUUUGUUUUUAAAAAAAAAAAAAAAAUUCAUCACAUUUUAUAAUUUAUUUUUAUAUUACAUUUUGAUAUGAAGAAUAAUGGUAUCUUGAGAAAGACCAUUUAAUGACGAGAAAAACGGUAUAUAAUAUGUGCGGGUACAGUAAAUGAGUAAGAGGGAAAAUUACAGCUAAACACAAACACCGCAGAAAUGGAAGAACAGCUCUGGUCCUUAACGGUAAGAAAAUUAAACUGUCUGGUCACUAAGUUGUUGAUUUCAUUUUUUCACACCUCACAAAACACUUUUCAAUUUCAGCUUUUUGUUUUUGGCUUUUUUAUUUUUCUUCUAAACAAACUUCAGCUCGGCCUGCUUCACCAAACAGGAGUGACCUCCUUUGUGAUGCCAACACUCUCGCUUCAUUGACAACAUGCAAGGGUCUAAAUGUGAUGUUGGUCACUCCGAUCCUAUACUUCCUAGCCAGCGGCGGCUAGGACGCUACCAUAGCAACCACAGUGCAUGCACCAUGAUUAUUGGCAAGUGAGAGACCGGACAAUUAAAUUGGGGAAAAAAAAUAAGGAUUUUUUUUUUUUUCUUCUCUUCUAAUCUGUAUGUUUCCUUUCACAACAUAUAGAAUAAAAAUAGAGGAUGAACUGUGCCUGGUGACCGGUAGCCUUUAAAGAUUAAAAUACCUGCUAACCCAGAUGACGCGAAGGCAUCCAACAACCCCUACUUCUCGGAAGACUCCAAAGAGGCUCUACACAAAGGCUCUGCAGGAGAGGAAACCAAGGUCUGCGCGACCAAAACGGGGGUAUGAGGGAGACGCAAACUAUCCUCAUUCUCCUUAGAGAAAUCAGGGGGAAAGGGGAAAAUGCAUACCCCUCUCGAAAUCGCCAUUUGCUGGAAAGAGCGUCCCUCCCCAUGGCUAGAGGAUCAUUGUCCUACGUGAAGAAACCUUCCACCUUCCUGUUCUUUCGUGUCGCAAACAAGUCCAUUUGAUCUGCUGAGGAAAUCCGCGAUCUGAUUCUGUUUCCCCGGGAGAUGAAUUUCUGUGAGGCCUGCCAGGUGUCGUUGAGACCACGACAUCAACUGAUGUGUAAACCCCAGCAUCCUGCGGCUCCUGGUGCCACCCUGAUGGUUUAUGUAGGCUACCACCGCAGCAUUGUCUGACUGAAUCUUCACCCAACGAGUGACGAAUCAGCAGAGAGAAAUGUUUCAGGGCUUUGAGAACAGCAAAGAGUCCCAGGAGAUUGGAAGGCAAGUUGCCCGCAGGUAACUUCCAUUCCUCCUGCGUGAAGUCGCGUUGACAAUGGGCUCCCAAACCCCAAAGGCUGGCAUUCGUCAUUAUUACUAUCCACGGAAUGCCUCCCAGAGGGAAGCCCUUGGCUAAGGAGACUCUGUUUAGCCACCGAACCAGGGAAUUGUGAACUGGCAACGGAAUCUUAAUGGGCUGGAGUAGACUUUUUGAGGAGAAUUGAAGGAGGAAAUUCGCCUGAAAGCUCCUCAUCCUCCUUUGUGCCAACUUUGUCAGUCCUAUCGUGGAGGACAUGGAACCCAGGAGACUCAUCGUCUUCUUCGCUGAAGUCACCUUGCAUGCCAACAUCUCCACAACCUGUUUCUGUAUUCUCAGGAUCCUCUCCGGGGAGAGUUGAACCGUCCCCGCGGAUGUGUUGAACAGAGCACCCAGGUAUGUCAUGGACUGACUUGGGCAGAGAUGGCUCUUUUUCACAUUGAUUCUCCAACCAUGACGUUCUAGGAACUGAAGGCAAACCGUUGCAUGGGAGGACAAAGUAUCCUUUUUGGUCAGAAAUAGAUGGGAGUAGAAGCCGUGAGUCCUUUCUGACUCCGGGACUGGUACAAUGACUCCCUCUUUUUGUAGAGAAGAAGUGAAGACCUGAAGAGCAUGCCUUUUUACUUUGUCUCCCGGUCACUUUGUUACUUGGAAGGAACUUGAAGGAGGGUGUUUGCAAAAUUCUAGAAGAUAUCCCCUUCUGAUGAUAUCCAGAACCCAGAUGUCGCUUACGGAUCCCUCCCAUGCCACACUGAAUUGGAGCAAGCGAGCACCAACCCCGCCUGACAAGGAGAUGAGCCCGUCACAGAUUCCUGGGGUUCUUGGAGGGUGCUGAACCUCGGGACUUGCCACCUCUUGCACCAUGUUGACUGCUCCUCCAGGAUUGAUUUUCUCCCAUAUUCCUUACCCAGUCUGUAGGAUCUGUAUUCUCCAAAUUCUCCAUCCUAACAUUAAGCGCCCUGGAUACUGACAUAAGGGCCACCGCUGGGUGCAGGCCAGUACCUGAAGCCACAUAUGUUUUGGAAAGACUGAAGUCCAUCUUUCUGUCCAUGGGGUCUUUGAAGGAACCCGCAUCAUCAACAGGUAAAGUGGUACGUUUGGCCAAUCUAACCACAGCCGCAUCUACCUUGGGAGCGGAAUCCCAUGUUUCAGCGUCAGCAUCCUCGAAAGGAUACAGUCUGGAGAAUUUACCUUUUGCAGAGGAUUUUUUUUUUUUUUUUAUCCAAUAUGGACCAUUCCUCCUUCAUGAGGUCUUUUUUAUUGUCUCAUGGACUGGAAAAGUCGCCUUCUUCCUCCUGAGGUCAGAGAAGUGGCGACUGGAUGUGGAAGGCUCAUCCUUAGAAGAUUCCUUCAAACAGAGUUUUGCGGACUCUGGAUAUCAAAUGGUCAAUUUCAGCAGGUUUCACGAAAUCUGGAGCUGGAAGCACCUCAUCCUCAGAAGAAGAACCCAGGUCUCUCAUGGAUUCCAUAGUCAUACACUCCACAUCAGAGACAUCUGGAGAACACUCCGAUGGUUCCAAACACCUUGGUUGCUUGCGGGACUUCCCAGCUUCCUGAAUGCCCAGAGCGACUGCUUGUGCUGCAUAAUGUCAGAUUGGAUGGAGGACUGCCUUUGAGAUGGGCCUGCAGCCACAGAUGGGCAAGAAAAACAGAGACUUUUCCCUUCCAGGGCUUUAUCACAGGAUUCACAUUGUGUCUUUUUGGAUGACUUCCCUUUGGACGACACUGAAGCUCUAGUCCCCUUAGAACUGCGGAAAGAGGGACAGAACAGUGUAUCAGACAAAUACCAGAUAAAACAAACCAUAUAAAACAUGGCUUACCCAUAAGACUUAGGUUGUGACCUUUUGUGAGGUGGGGAAGAAUCAGAAUCAGAGGAAUUUGAGACUUCCAUAUCCAUCUGCAGAACCAAAUUCAAGCAGGAAAUAGGAGGAAGCAAUGCAGCAUUCGCCAGAACGAUUUCCACGAGUGUGUGAACCAGGGGGCUGUUAAAUAGGCAUCUGACGUCACACACAGAGCACCUGUGAGAAUCAGACAAACAAGCCAUUCACGUGAACAAACGAACGUUCGCCAGAAUUCAUGCGAAUGGCUAAAAGCACAAAUGGACACAAAACCAAUCCGCAAACCAUAAACGAACGCCAAGUUGAAAACGAAAGAAACCACAGGGACUUACCCCUUCAGAAGGACGCAGAAAAGGCAGAGGGAAGUCGGAAACAGGGAGAAGUCCAGACCAGCAAGGUACACGUCCAAGUCCAUAUUCACCUGCCCACUGAGACCCCUUCAUGUCGCAAACCGGAUCACUGCAGCAUUAGGGAACCAGGCAUAACAGCUUGCUACCCCUUUGGUUACAGCAAGUACCAGACCCCCGGUCACUAAAGGGGGUCACCUUUGCGCAGGGCUGUGUAACUGUAGACUUCCCAAGGGAGAGAGGCUGGACUCCCAAGGGGCCAGGGGAACAAAUCCCCAGGUAAGCCAUAAAACAAAAAUAAUGGUUCCAAGGAAAAAACACACGUCCUAUAGGGAUAGGACAAGAACAAAAAGACUGAGGGAGGAGGGGAUAGGAGGAGGUACUUAUACAUUUAUUUUAAUUAGUUCCUGUCUAAUUAGGGAUAGGGAGGAGCUACCCAUCGUUGUGCUGCCAUUGAUAUGGCCAGGAAAUAUAUAUAUAUAUAUAUAUAUAUAUAUAUAUAUAUAUAUAUAUAUAUAUAUAUAUAUAUAUAUAUAUAUAUAUAUAUAUAUAUAUAUAUAUAUAUAUAUAUAGAAAAUUGAAAAAGAGAGCGCAAUUAUCGAUCAAAUGAACGAUCUGGAUAAUAGUUAAUAUGUGUUCUAAUAAAUCAAUAUAACUAUGCUCAAUACAUUCUAAUGGUUAAGCAGCUAAAAUAAUAAGAAAUUUCCCAAUUCCAAUGUGCAGAUACUGAUAUAAAUUUCAGCGCUUAGUUGAUAAUCCCCUUAUAAAUAACAAGGGUGCAUCUAUAUGCAAGUGGGUUGCAUAUAGAUGCACCACUUGCAUAUAGAUGCACCCUUGUUAUUUAUAAGGGGAUUAUCAACUAAGCGCUGAAAUUUAUAUCAGGAAAUAUAUAUGUAUGACAAAGUCAGUAUAAAUAUUUCAUAAAGAUUUUAUCUUUAAAAGUAGGGAAAAAAAGGAUUACUGAAUUAAUAAAAAAAAAAAUAUAUAUAUAUAUUUAUUUUUAUUUUUUUAUUAAUUCAGUAAUCCUUCUUUAUUUCCUACUUUUAAAGAUAAAAUCUUUAUGAAAUAUUUAUACUGACUUUGUCUCAGUAUUUUUCCUAUGCCUGACACUUCUAGACACUGGGUGGAGCUACCGCCAUCUAGAAGUGUCAGUCUCCAGCCGUCCCCAGUGACGGCUGCAGAUAUUUUAGAUGUAUCUAUGGCGGAUCCCGCAAGACCUCCAUAGAUCUCAAUGCUGCACAAGAGUGCAUCAGUGACUUCUGCUUCUGGUACUGAAGCACCAGGAGCAGAACAGGACUGGCAAGAUGAACAUGGCAUCUCCCACGAGGAACCAGUUCUGGUACAUAAAUAUCACCCUUCCCUCUGAUUUUAACAGAGUUUACAUUUCACAUUUGUCUCUUUGCACCUACAACACUGAUCUGUAAAAGUUUUUGAAAAUGUUACUUACAGUGGCACGGUCACCCUACCGCUCCCCACUGAAAAACAUUACUUUAUAAUGAUAGAAUCUUUUAUCAAAUUCUCAUUUUAACUGUGUUGGCAUUUCACUGAAAUUUCCAACCCAGUCCAGAAAUAUACUGCGAAAAAGUAGGGUCUCUGUAUAUUUCCUAUGCCUGACACUUAACUCCUUAAGGACACAUGAUUCCCUUUUAUUCCAGAAGUUUGGUCCUUUAAGGGGUUAAAGACACUGGACAGAGCUAGCGCUCUAGGAGUGUCAAUCCCCCAGCCGUUAUCCGUGAUGGCUGCAUGGAAUUUGCUCUGUCGAUGGAGAAUCCCACGGUCUUGCGGGAUCCUCCAUAGAUCUCAAUGCUGUGCCAGGAGCUGAAUGAGAUGGCUCAGGUAAGUAGAAUUUACUUUUUCCUGUCCCUACAACCGGGCCCCCAGCGGCAAUGUCACCGUCUAGGGACUUUGCAGAAUUCGCAGAGACCCCUAACUGUUAGCAUUAAAGCAAAACCGAGAAUAUGAGAACUCUAGGAACAGCCAGAGGAUAAGAAAAACUCCAUAGCUUGACCUUCGGUAAAUCAGUUUCAAAAUAGUUUUUGCUCACUUGUGCCAUUAUAGAGUGAACUGAUACCAUUUGCAUACGUACAAAAAUACAUCCUUGAUAAAGUGCAGUAGUAUAAAUCGUGUUGUGAAGAAAGUGCUGCCAAAUAGACUUGCCUCUCUCAGUUCCACGUGCCAAACAUAUAUCAAAGAAAGUGUUCUGUGUUUCGGGAGAUCUUAUGGACACACCACCCGGAUUAUCAAAGAGACAAGUGGCCCCUCUGGGACAAAUCAAUUUAAGCGCAAUUUAUUUUGUGCAAUUUGCUUGUGAGUAUCUGUCUGGGUUUGUUUUUUUUAAUUAAAUAUUACAGUAGUCAUGUUUUGUAUUGUGUUUUUUUUUUUUUUUCCUCUCCCUCCCUUCUCCCCCCCUCCCCCCGCCUCUCCCUAUAUAUGUGUUAUGCAAGUUUUUUUUUUUAUUUUUUUUUUUCCCUUAAGGUAAAUGCAUUAUGUUUGGACACUUAAUCUUUAGUGUGUUGGCACUCGUCAGCAAUUUGCACUUUAUUUACAUUUUGCGCUAGAGACACUACAUAUCUGAUUGAUCCCACCCACAUCGACAGUCCAUAUCCCUAAUGUCGGCAUGGUUUUGAUUUUGUUGCACUACAUUUUACUCUUGGACUACCUUUUUAACUUGGAGAGCAUCUGACUGAGACCAUGUGCUCCCUGCCUAGAGGGUAUUAGCUUUGCCUCACUGACGAGGCCCAAAGAAGGCCAAAGCUAUCACCCAGGGUCGCUGUAUCUGUCAUGCUAGGUGAACUUGCCAGCAUUUCGCAUCUGGACUGCCCUUAUGGGCGAGAUCAGUCUGAUAUGCAAAUUGUACAGGUUCUUUUUGUAAUGGCACACGUGGGCCAAAAAAUCCCCAACAUUUUUUGAGAUCUGAUUAGAGAAAAAUCAAAAGGCAAUCUUUUGAGGUUUCUCUAAGCUGCUUUUUGCCCAUUCUUAUAUUUUUGUCUACAUUGUACUCUAAGUGUUUCUUUAAAUAUGACUACUCUGUAAAGUGUUUUUUAGAUUGUUAGCGUUUAUAGCUUGGAGGUAUACAUUUCCAAAAGGGACUGUGGCUAAAUAAUUAAUUCAUUCACAGAUGGUUGACACAGCUAAUGUAAGGCAGAGGAAAUUCUGACUUUUAAGAAUUGCAUCCUUUUUUUUUUUUUUUCUCUUCCUGUUUUUGGUUUUAUUUUUAUAUCUUGCAAUGUACCCAGUGCCCGAUGAAGCAUGAACUUUCGUAGUGUUCUUUUGUUCAGCAGAAGGGGCCCUGGAGGAACCUUUAUUAACUAAGUAACGCACCAAUCUGGAAUUUUGAUUUACAGAGUAUACAAGGUAACUUCCUAAUUGUCAUCAUAAUCUGCUUCCCCUCACCCCCCACCCCUUUAUUUACUGUAAGUAUCUCUCUUCAUUGAAAUUCAGAAUCUCUGCUGCAGCUGAAACUCCCCAUUCUCAUGUCAUCUCCCACUCCUGCUAUUUAUGCAAGCUUCUAUCUCUUUCCGACCUCUACGUCUUUUUUAUUGUUCUGUGGCAUUUUUCUGCAUUAAAUUAUGGCAUUAUACUUUUAUAUAGGAAUUGGAUGUGAAAGCACAGUUUUAAUCUGGAAAUUCCAACUGCAUUUGGAUUUAGGAAACAUGAAUCUUGCCGAGGCGGUCAGAAUUUGGUAAUUUUCUCUGUAUUUUUUUCCAUCAGGACAAAAUUUGCUAUUCAUUUGUUAAUAACCCAUUGUGUUACACAGUUAAAAUAAUCCUAUUCCUAUUGACCCACAUCGCUUCUCCCCUUUCUUUUCUUGUGCCUGUCAGGCCGCUAGUUCUGUGUAACAAACGCGCAUCUGUCCACAACCUGUUGUGUUUCUAAAACCUAUUAACAACUCCUGAUAUCAGGCCAUCUUCCCCUGACACUGCAUUGAUUGCUGGUCUCACACCGUGGCCUCCACUUUAACCAUACCCCUAGGCCAGGUGAGAAAUAAGGUGGCGGUGUUGGGAUCUUGCUCACUCCCCUUUCCCCCCGCACCUAUCAGUACCUACUUCUGCUCCCAUCUCUCCCCUUCUCCUCUUUUGAACUUUACAGCAUUCGCCUGUUCUCCUCGUCUCUCUGACUGGCAGUCAUCUAUCACCCUCCUGGACCAAACUCCCUGUUAGUUAACCACUCCUCCUCCUGGACAUCUCACUUUAUCUCUCUAAAUAUUCCGUCACUAAUUUUUGGGGACUUGAGCGUCCCCAAUGAUGACCUGUCUGCCCAUGCUGCCUCUAAAUGUCUUUCAAUCACAAGCUUCUUCAGUCUCUUUCAAUUGAGACCUAGAAUUUCCUACCUCUGCUCUAUACCUGACUGCACCUGUAACCUCUUUCCCAUUUCAGAUUUCCACAUGCUUUUCCUAUUAUCUCAAUGUAUCUGCUUAACCAACUUGUCCUCCGUCUCCACCUCCUAGACUGUAAGCUCAUGGGCUGUAUAGCAAAGUACUCUGUAUAAAAGCACUUCAGUGGCUAGAAGGCAGGGCCCUCUACCUUUUUGCAUUGGUCGGUGCUUUUAUAAAUGACCGUAGUAAUAAUAAUCUCAACCUCCACACCCAUAGACAUCUGCAUGGGAUAGGACUUUCAACUGUAUUUGUUUUGUCAAGAAUUGAUGCAUUUUGCCUUUUUACUUGUAUCAAUUACACUAAUGUACAGCGCUGUGGAAUGCACUUUGACACUUCAUAUUGUUGUUAUACUUUUAUUUAUAGUAUAAAUAUCUUUUAAAGUUGUGCAGUAGACACCCCGAUCUCAUAUACCUUUUUAAACUAUUAUAAAUUCCCUCUUGUAUGAGUUGUGUAAGUUUUUAAAGGUAACCUUUUAAGAGACACAUCAGGUAUGACCUAAUGUUUGUAUGCAUUUUUAUUGGUAUUAAUAUCUCUUCAAAUAUUGAGCACGUGUAAUGAAAGAUUUACAAACUCAUUUAGCAGUUUACAGUCCUAGAUGAUUCCCCAUAGGCAUCUUAAACACCAAGUGACACCUCUUUUGUCUAAGAGGGAAUAAAUGUUUCCCUUACAAUGCAGAUCCUGGGCAGCAGGGCUGGUACUUUCUAUUAGCUCCUACUUCCCUGCAGCCUCGACUGGCUCCGGUGAUGUAUAGCAUCUGAAUGUACCACAUAGGCAGCAGAAUCAGCAGGGAGGUAGGUGCAAUUCAAACAAAGUAACCCAGACUGCCCAGAAUAUAAUGAUUUAGUAGAUCGUGCCUGUGAGUUGAUCGUGUUGCUUAUCUUGUGUGUAGAAGAUAAUCCAGCGUUGCCAUGAUUUAAGAAAGGGAAAAAAUAAAUAAAUGAACAUGUCCCUUCUGGGGCUCCUUAAGUUCACAAUGGCUAAACAGGUAAAAGUCAUAAGUUCAAAAUUAAUCUAAAUAGAAAAUAGUAGAACACAAAAAUGUAAAAUUUUUCAAUUCCCCCCAUAUUGAUAGACUGUUGCUCGAUUCUCCUACUUCUGGUAGCAAAGAAGAAUUUGUUCCUGAGCGUGUCUGUGUUUUGAGAGGCUGGCCAUGCUGUAUGUUGGAAAGGCAAUGUAUCAAAUUAUUGUCAUUGCUUGGGGCAUCUAAAGUAUUGUUCUCAUCUUGCUUUUUUAGUAUAAUUUGCUGCUGAGAAGUAUCUACUUGGGGAUAUUGACGUCAGUCUUCUCUCAAUAGUUUUGUAUUUCAUUUCCUUGAACCAAACUCUGUUACUUUGGUUAGCUGUUGAGGUUAAAGGGACACUCUAAACACCAAAACUAAUACAGCUUAAUACAUAGACCCGCUCCCUUUUCUCUGAGAAAUGGCAAUCUUUGCAUUUGUCAAAACAAGCCAGACUGACAACCAAUAGAGGUGCUUCCUCCUAAAAACCUUUAAAACUGCAUUGUAAAUUGUGCUUUACAGGAUCACUAUAGGGUCAGGAACACAAACAUGUAUUCCUGACCCUAUAGUGUUUAACCCACCAUUUAGGUGGCUUGCCACCCCUUAGCCUCCCUAUAAAAGUUUAAAACUUUUCCUUAUUUCCAGCACUAAGCGGGUCUGCCGGCACUAGCUCCACCCCUUUGUGAUAUUAUCAAGAUGACCGAUUUUUAGCCAAUCCAAUGCUUUCCCAUGGGGAAAGCAUUGGAUUGGCUAAAAUCGGCACAGGGACGGGGCCAAAUGCUGUUUUGGCCAAUCAGAACCUUGAUUCUCCUACUUCUGGUAGCAAAGCAGAAUUUGUUCCUGAGCAUGUCUGUGUUUUGAGAGGCUGGCCAUGCUGUAUGUUGAAAUGGGGACGCUGAAUGGCAGGGCUGCUUACUGUGCAGCCCUGAGCCAGGAAGACCCUCCAGUGGCCAUCUAAGGAGUGGCCACUUGGAGGUGUCCCUAGGGGCUAUGUUAACACUGCAUUUUCUCUGAAAAGGCAGUGCUUACAUGAAAAUGCCUGAAAGGAACUAUUAUACUCACCAGAACAACUACAUUAAGCUGUAGUUGUUCUGGUAACUAUAGUGUCCCUUUAAUAACACUUUGCUUCAUGCGAUGAAUGAUAACCUCACCUAUCUCCUAUCAAUCGCCUGGGACAUGCAGUUCCAGAAGCCAGGAGAGAGUGUGUGUGUGUGUGUGUGUUGUGUUGUGUGUGUGUUUUUUGUUUUGUUUGUUUUUUUACAAGAGGUUGUGAGCAGUAAUAGACUGACACAGAAGCCACGGCUAAGCUUCCUCAGCCAGUCACUUUCUGCUGUUCACGGUUUGGCAUAUGUUAUUGGGGACCAGACAAGACUGUAGGAGCCAUAAGACACUGUUAAGCCAUACACAUAUAGGGCCUAUAGGCACCAUCACAAUUAAUAGGCGUUUAAGUGGUUAUGGCACCUGGAGUGUUCCUUUACAAAUGUGGUGUGAUACUCUGAUGAGCACAGUCUGCAAGCCCAAUCUUCAAGGAAGUCACCCUCCUAAAUAGGCAAAAGGGUCGCUAACAUAACAUUGGUGUCUGUCUAGUAUUCUGUUUUAGUAGUGUGAUUGUGUGUAUUGGGGUGAUGUGUGGGUUUCUAGCGGGGUGUUAAAUGUCUUUGCUUGUGUAUAUCUCUUGAGUGUGUGUGGAAUGCUUACCUCUCUGUCUGGGAGCAUGUGAUUGCAUGUAUGGGAGGUUUUGUCUGGGUAUUGGGGUAUCUCUGAGUGCUUAGCACUUGUCUGUCGGAGUUUCUGUGAUUAUUUGUUUUGUUUUGGAGCUCUGUAACCCACACAUAGACAAAGUACAUUACUAUGAGUUGUAGUGCUGUGGAGCUCUCUGAUACACACUUGCACACUGUAAAUGCCAGUAUAAAAGAACAAAACAAGGAAAUAUGUUGCACUCACAUUGUGGUUUAUAUCAGCGCUUGACACAUUUGCUUUAAAUCUAGGAGCCAGCUAAAAACUGACCGAGACACUGACUGACACACAUUCUCUCGCACGGUAUCAAAGUAUUUAUUAUUUGAUACUCUCAAAUAAACACACACACACACACACACACACACACACACACACACACACACACACACACACACACACACACACACACACACACACACACACACACAGAUUCAGACACACACACACACAGAUUCAUAGAUACAGACACACACACACACACAGAUUCAUAGAUACAGACACACACACACACACACAUUUAAAAAAAAUACAUAUUUUUAGCCACCCUCCUGCUUCCUACGUUUUGGGCUCAGAAAGAUGGCUUCCCUGAGGUCUAGUGGAGCUGGUUGCGGAUAAUGGGAGUAAGCUGCCACUGUUCCAGACUGCGUCUUCCCCUCCCCUCGUCUCUCCAGCCCCAUGUUUAUCUCUGUGUGCCAGGAGGAAGUGAAGGGAAUUGUAAUAACUUUCUCUCGGCUCUAAGACCGUGCAAGGGAAUGGGUGGGCAGCUGGCUCUGCGUAAUGGAACGGUCUGGAGGGGGUGGGGGGGGUGGGGGGCUUGCAAAUGCCCUGCGGGAUUGUGAUAGGAGGAGGAGGAUGGAGCGGGCCGACCAAUCCCAGGGGCCAGGACAAAAUUCAUAGUCGCCAUGGGGACCUGGCUACUGGGUUUUGUCAAGCCCUGGUUUAUAUGAAUUUCUAUCUUAGUGGGUGAGAUGGGGACAACAUUUAUUAUUUUGACCCAGGCAUGUAAAUGGUUAUAAAAGGCCUCAUGAGGUUGACUCUGUUAACUUUACUUAAUUGUUUGAUAAAAUAAACUACAAUCCUUAUUUGGAAAUCUGGUCUGUUUAAGCUCACUACUUGCAUUUGUUGAUUGCAUUACAGUAUUGCUGGGUCUUUCUCUUUGGUUGCUACCAAUAAAGACCCUGCUUAAAUACUGUUAUUUUAUUUAUUUAUUUUAAUUGAAAUUAUUUUGAGUAUCAGUUAAAGUUAAAUUCAUAAGGGACACUGUCUAGCAUUAAAUAUAUAGCUUCUAAAGGCAAGCUUUUGGCAAAAUGUUAAGCAUUGUGGUUUCAGAGAAAAAGCAAUGUUUGCAUUGCUGCAGAGAACUAGAAGGUUCUAAGCAACAACCACUUCAUUAAAGGACCACUCUGAAACUGCUAUGUUUACAGCUGCAGGGUUAACCCUAGAUUUACCUGGCACCCAGACCACUUCAUGGAGCUGAAGUGGUCUGGGUGCCUACAGUGGUCCUUUUUUUUUUUUUUGUCUUUAUUUGUCUGUGCUCGAAGUGGUACAGAAGUUCGUGUUGUCAUGACAACAUAAGCAAAGAAUAAGAACAAAAAAAUAGCAUAUACAUGGCAUAUAACAAAGGCACAGUUUUUAUAGUACUUUGACAUUCAAAUAAUGAUGCUUAAUAAGGGUUCAGCAUUGGUCUUAUGGUCUAGCCUAGUUUGUUGAGGCUGACCGCAUAAGAUGGUGCAUGGCUAAUUUAAAUGUAGGUCAGAACCGCGUGCAAGUUAGCCUAAUAUGCUCGUCACUUAGGAAGGGUUAAUAAUAAUAUUAAUAUUUGUGCUGUAGAUUUUAAAGAUUAACUGUUGUCCUGGUCACAGGUGGUGGGGUCGGCCAGCGGCGCCGGUUCUAUAGUGGUCCUUUAAGAUGAUUUUAAGAGGUUUUGGUGCAUUGUGUCCCUUUUUAACAAGAGUACUCUGUAAUCAAGUUCUCUAUGAAACUAGCUGUAUGUUGUGUUUGUGUGUGUGGGUUUUUUUUAAUUUUUUAAUUUCAUUUCCAAAUGGAGUUCGAAAUACAAAGGCUUGUACUGUAUUAGUCUCUUAAGCAUCAUAAAAAAUGCUGGUUUGUACCCCAUGUACAUGUUUCCUGUUAAAGGAGGACACAUUGGCUGUUAAUCUAUAAACAUAUCACAGUUGGGAGCACUUGAUAUGCUACUUAGAUAACCUAUUGAUUUUAUUUUCACUGAAACGCAAGCUGUCAUGUUUCAGAGUAUCAUGCGUGUAUGUAAUUGAGAGAACAGUAGCACGUCAUUAUUCAUUGUGUUUUAGAAAGUAUAGACAUGUACUGUGAACACACAUGGAUUAUGGAAGAGUAGCUUCCUUCAGAGUUAAAAAAAAAAAAAAAAAAGUCUCCUUAUAAUGAAUUUUAAAAUAUAGCUAUUGGUUGUAUUCAGAUGUAUGUAAUAUUUAUUUGAAUUUUUUUAUUUUAAUUGACUGUAUCUGCACAGUUUUCAGACUGAUCCUGACUGGCAUGGCAUGCAAAUUUCAAAUAUCCCAUCAUCCCCUGGGCUAAGCCAAUGAUUGACUGUGCAUGCUAAAAACCAUGGAAAUCUUUGAUCCGUAUGCUUGUAUAGCAUCUCAGAUUUUCAAUACUGCAUUAAAGAGAAACUGUUAUUAAUAGGAGCCAGCUGCUCGUUAAAGGUGGUGAAAACUGAUCUUUCAUGUAAUGUUCAAAAAGACACUUUCACUGCAUUGUAUUACAAAAUGGCUUUGAUUUCAUGGCGUACAAUGACACUGUGUGGCAGAAGGUUUAAAAAAAAGCACCAACAGGGUUUUAAACCAGUUGCUAAGUAGAGUUUGGCUGCUUCCAUUGGGAAUAAUGAGAGCCAUUAUCAGCUGCUUAGUGACUCCCUGUCAAUGCUUGUAAACCUUUCCAGUUAAUAAACGGCAGUUACGUUUUCUAAAAGUAGUGAGAGGCACAGUAAUGAGAAAAUUCAGUGAGAUUUACAUAGGCCCAAAAUGAGCAAAACUAUGCAAAUGUCCUCUGUACCAAAAAUCUUGCUUUUUGUUCAAGCAAACUGCAUUUUCAAUACAGAAUAUGAGUAACUGUUGUGCAUCUUCUGUAUGUAUUUGUUUUGUUAUACGGAUGUAUAACAAGUACCUUUUGCCAUCUGGAUUCUAGGCUAACUUUUAAAGCUCAUCACUAUAAAUAGAAUUAUAGGUGUUUUAUGAAUCAUAGGACAUUUUCUUCACUGCAUUGUGGUUUUGGGGGCAUAAAAUAUUAGUUAUUCUGACAUUAAGUCUACGGGUACUGGGCCACUAGUCAUGCCAAUGUGUAGCUUGCUUGUGAAUGCAAAGUUAAAUAACACUUUUAGUGUCACAACAGCAAGUAGUGUGAUACACUGCUUUUGUCUGUGAUCAUUGUUAAAGGAACACUAUGGGGUCAGAAACCCAAACUUGUAUUCCUAUAGUGUUUAAAACCACCGCUUAGUUGGCUUGAUCCCCUUAACCGGUAAGAAAAGCAUUGGAUUGGCUGAGACCAUGAUGGGUGCGGGGACCAAAGGCCGGCCUGGCCAAUCCACAUAUCCUCAAAUAGAUGCAUGAAAUCUCUAUGAGGAAUGUUCAAGUCUGCAUGGAGACACUGAAUGUCAGUAUUGCACGCUGUGCGGCACUGACACAGGAAGCACCUCUAGUGGCCAUCUGAGGAGAGGCCACUUAAGGUGUCCUUAGGCUUUAAUGUAAAUACUGCCUUUUCUCUGAAAACACUGUUUACUGCAAAUUGCCCUGCAGGGACUCUCCUUAAUCUGUAGUUGUUCUGGUGACUAUAGUGUUCUUUUAACAGUAAAAAAAAAAUGUGCCCUUAUUCCAUUUGUCUUAAUUUGACUUUUCUGAAUGUGUGCUGUUUACAUAACUGUUUUUUGCGUACUUUACCCACUAAACUAUUGUAGUACAUUUAAGGGGACACUCCAGACCCGUAAAGCAUUUUAGCUUGCAGAAAGUCUCUAUAUGUGAAGAGUGAGUCCUCCCUCUUUUUUUUUUAUUUUUUUUUGUGUGCAAAUUGUUCAGAUUACAACAGAUUUUGACACGUUUAUAAAUUAACCUGGUUCAAAAAAAACUAAAGCAGACAACCGGCCCUGUUACUUACUGGUUUGGUUAGCUCAGUAGAUCUAAACUCAAGAGGCAGCAUUUGCAGAGAUUAUCUGUCUUGCAAAGAUUAAGAUACAUUGGAAUGUCUGUGAUUGGGCAGCCACAGAAAGUGUGGGAGGGGAUAGAAAGGGAGGACUUGCAAAGGCUGCAGACAAGAGAAAUGCAGGCUUUGCAAGAGGUUUUCAGAUAUAUCCCUAAUAAAAAAAACAAAAAAAGCCCACAAUUUUAAAGCAUGUGUGUUGUCAUUUGAGGCAUAUCUACUAAACAGUGAUUUUUAUUUAUUUUGUAUUUGGACGUUGGAGUGUCCCUUUUUAAUGUAUAAUAUGUAUUCCCUUUUAUUUCUGUACAGAUGGGAGGUUUGUGAAGAUAGCUCUAUCCCAUCCUAUGGAAACUCAAGGCAGCAUGGAACAACCAUUCAACAUAUCAUCUCUGGUAUUUAUAUCAUGUUAAGAUAUUAAAUAGUAAAUAUCAGAUGGGGUUCUGUAUCAUCUGUGAGCAGUUGGCAUUGACACCAGUUGAAUAUUCCAAGUGACCGUUAAUUGGAUGGUUUAUUAACCUUUUGUUUCAUUGGGCACACAUCAAAUAUAUAAUAUAAAUAGAUAUAUGUAUAUAAGUAAUAUGAUUUAAAAGCCCUUUUCUUAAUUUUGCUAUUUCACUUGUUUAUGAGUUAAUUCCCUUAUUUGUUAUCCAUAUGUGAAAUUGGAGUAUUUAAGGAAACCAAAUAAGGGAGCUAACUUUUAAACACAUACGUGUGUGUGUGUGUGUGUGUAUGUAUAUGUGUGUGUGUGUGUAUAUAUAUAAAUAUAUAUAUACACACACAUACAAUCACACACCUAUAUACAAACACGCAGUCCCAGACCCACACACACCUACAAUCACAGACCUAUACAGUCACAUACAUACACACAAUCAAUCACAUAUGUACACACACAAUCACAGAUAUACCAACACACAAUCACACACACAAUCACAGACCUAUACACCCAUACAAUUUUCAUACACUCAUUAUCACAGACAUAUCCACAGACCUCCCCCAAACCCCUCUCCCCACCAUCCCUCCCACACACACUCACACAAAAAUCACAUACACAUUUAGUGCUAAAGAGGUCCACCCAGCCUCCCUACCUUGCUCUGGGAAGGCUGGAAUGGAUCCUCUGUCCCUGGUGGCUAGCGGUUGCUUCUGGGCUGGGACCUCUUUGAUUUUGCUGCACAGGUCCCUUGUGUGCCCAGCCUCGGCGAUGGAGCUGUCCAGGAGGAGCAUGGUAUGUAAACCGCUCCAUGCCUUCCUCGCCGUCCGUCAGCGCGGACAGCAACCGGGCCACACUGCUAGUAGUCUCAAAGCAUCAUGCGGCCCGCAGGUUAGAUACACCUGGUUUAAUCGAUAGCAAAUGUAUGAAAUAUCUAAUUGGUGCGUUGUAGUCUGAAAAAAUACAGGGGGGAGAAUGUGAAAAAAGUUGUGAUACAUGUUUGUGUCAGUUGCUUCAAUUUCUCAGCCACGAUGAAUAGAGCUGGAAUAGGACUUGGAAGACCGUGAAUUGCUUUGGUGGCCAAAUAAAUUGCACAUGCUGUUAAUCUCUUCAGGACAUCAUUCUAUUUUGUGAAUAUUGCUCCCAAUAAACGAAGGUGUAUUAAAAUAAUAAAGAGAAGAAAAAGCGAGUCAAAAAAAAAUUUAAAUUGCCAUUUAAAAGCAUUUUAAUAGAUUACAAGUGAUUUAUUUAGAAUAGCAGGUCAUCAGAACAAGGGGUCCUUUUCAGAGUCCGCGUGUGUUUUAUUUUGUUGUUGAAAAUGUGUGUUUUGGGAGAUUCACUGGUAUUUUGUAGGUGCUCUAUGUCUGCGUUUUUGUUUUUGAAGGUUGUACACACAUAAAUAAGUAAAUGGCACCCCCCUAGUGGCUAGAAAAUGUGAACAUGCAGGAUAAAUAGAAAUAUGUUACUAACCUCAUUUAUUUUGACAAGAUAAAAAGGAAUCUACUUCCAAUCAAAUACCCUGACCCCACACCUAGAUGAAAGUAACCAGUAAAUUACUGCAUUUUCUCAGCGCACCAAUCCUCCUCCAACACUGCUUGAAAUAUAUGAACCAGUGAAACAGGAAAGAUUUUUUUUUUUAUAUGAAGACAACAGAACAUUUCAUAUAAAACACUUCAAGGAUUGUCCAACCGUAGCCACCGUUUUAUCUACCCAAGUUGUAUAGGGUUUGAAAAUGAGAUUUAAAAAACAUCCAUUUAGCUAUCAGAUAAAGGUUCAUCUUUAAUUUUCCUUUUUUUAUUUUUUUAUUUAGGAAGGCUUUAUCAGGAAGAUAUGCUGUGUAAAGUUCUUGAUUUUCUUUUUUAAAUUUAUUUUUUAUUUUAUUUAUAGAAACGUCUAACAGCCAUGCCGGACCACACGGAUGUGUCACUAAGCCCGGAGGAGCGUGUUCGUGCAUUAAGCAAACUGGGCUGCAAUAUUACUAUCAAUGAGGACAUUACUCCACGGCGUUACUUCAGGUCUGGAGUGGAGAUGGAGCGCAUGGCCUCUGUGUAUUUGGAAGAAGGAAACCUGGAAAAUGCGUUUGUCCUCUAUAAUAAAUUUAUCACGUAAGGAACCAUUCCGUUUUCCAUCCAGGUUUUGUGCAUUGUUUAUGCAUUUACAGAUCAUUUUCAAACAACUUUUUGCAGGUUGUUUGUUGAAAAACUGCCCGGCCAUCGAGACUACCAGAAAUACGAAAUCCCUGAGAAACAGGAUAUUUUGAAGGUAAUUUAUAUUGAAUGAUAACCAUACCUAAGCCUACUAAACCUCUUCUCUGUGGAAUAGUAAUAACGUGUUUUCAAAGUUCUGGGCCUUGAUGACUACAGUGCAGGCUUAUUGGUCUUCACCAAAAAUUGUUUAGAAUGGAAACAGGCUGGAAUUGAGUGUCCUUUAUUUAUUUAUUUAUUUAUUUAUUAUUUUAUUUGUAUUUCAUCAAAAAGAGAACUUGUUAAAAUUUGCAAACCUAAAAUAAUAAAAGCUAGAAAAAUAUUUUUAAAGUUACUUUACAUCUGUACUUGCACAGCAAAGUCUCCUUUCUAACGUAGAAUUGGUUCCACCAAUCGGGAGCCUUUAACAUCUGAAAUUAUUUUAGUGAAUAACUCUUUGAAUGUAACAAAUAAUCUGUGGGCAGCAUCUAAAGUUCAGACUUCUGCUGAUUUGGUAGUGACUCUAUGUACAGUUCUGCUUAAGUAUCAUUGUGGAAUUACUAUGCAGACAACAUGACCUAUAAAAAAAAAAUAGGUCUAUAUGUGUCACAUUCUGUAAAGUUAUGUUAACAUAAUUCAAACAAAUUUCACACCAUUUUUUUUAAUCCUUCCUUUUUUUUUUUUUUAUAAAGAAAUUAAAGGAAAUUGCUUUCCCAAGAACCGAUGACUUGAAAAAGGAUAUUUUAAAGAAAUAUCAUUUGGAAUACCAAGAAUAUAUCCAUGGGAUUGUAAGUUCUGCUAAGCCAAUACAUACAAUGUAGUGCAGUACAUGCCAAACUAUAACUUUUCAUCUCUUCAUCCGAGAGCUAUGAUUAAGUACCCACUAAUUUUUUCAAAGUUCAUAGCUCGAUUGAUUUACUCACAUACUGCUAGACCUGUAAUCACAGUGGUGGCAAUCAUUCACUUGAAUGAAUUUAUGUUUAUGUUGUAUGGACAUUCAGUAAUUCUUCCUUUUAAGUGAAUGAGAGUCCAGGAACUGUAUGAAAUAGCCCAGCCAUAUCACAAAUAUUAUCUUUGUUCCUGGAGUGAAAUAUCAAACAUAAGAAAUAUGCUGCAAAUUAUUUUUAUUUUUAUUGUAAAUUGCAUUUAAGGUCUGGUUUGGGCUUCACACAAUUUUCUUUUCAGAACAAAAGAAAAGCAGAAUGUAUGAAAAAAAUGGAACAGCAGCAGCUCAUAGAAGCUGAAAGGAAACGUGUGGCACAGUUACGCCAGCAGCAGAUACAAAAUGAGCAAUUUAGCUUCUUUGAGGAUCAGCUUCGGAAACAAGACUUGGCACGAGAUCAGCUGAAAAGCAAAGAACACUCCAAGGUGUCUGAGCAGAUUGAUGGAUGCAUGUCCUCUUGUAUCUCUUCUCCCAAAAGCAAUUCUUUAUGCAAUGCGUUGACGGGACAAGCUGGAAAAAAUGAUGCAGCCAUGUAUGCUGGGCAGUCGCCUCCGGUGAACAGGGCCUUAAGGCCGGCAGCUACAUUAAGUGCUGUACAGAGUAAGUACUUACUAAGUAUUGCCAAAUGUCUUAUAUGAGCAUCUCUUUGGAAAAUCUCUGUGGCUGUAACCCAACUCUUCCUCCUUAAAAUGUAGAUUUUCUCUGGCUCUGCAUGUUUGGAUAGGAGCACACUCUACUAGUCCACACCUCUUCUAAUUUAAUUCUUCAUAGAGAAAUAUAAACUGGCCAGUUUUGUGUGUCAUGUCCUUUGCUGCAUUCAAAAAUUAUACCUGAAUGGGCAGCCUAAUAAACUGGUAGAAGUCUGCUAGUAUUUGCAUUGAAUUAAAGUGCUGCAAGCGCUCAUUGUAACAGUUUUGUCAGUGUUUAGGAAGAGUUUGUUAUCCGCUAUCCACAUUUCUACCUCUGUGAAUUGGUUUUGGAGCACGGCCUCAAGCUGCGGUAGAUUAGUGUCGUCUACAUACAUGUGGACAGUUGAAGAUUUGCAGACGUUGGGCAGAAUGUGAAUAGCAGGGGGCCGAGUAUGGAGCCUUGGGGAACACCACACAUGACUGGAAGAGGGAGGGAAGCGCUAUCAGAAAUGGCCACAUAUUGCUAUUGGUCUGAAACAUACGCUCGAAACCAGGUUAAUGGACGAUCACCAGUGCCUGAGUUUUUGCAAAAGAAUGCCAUGAUCUACUGUGUCAAAGGCCUUGGCAAAAUCAAGGAAAAUAGCUCCAGUUAAGUCUCCUUGUUCCUUACCAAUUUGGGUGUCAUUGCAAAGAGGGCAGUCGAAGUUGAGUGAUUGGACGAAAGCCUGAUUGAUCAGGGGUCAGAUAAUUUGAUUGUUAAUAUUCACAUAGCUGCAUAUGGAUGCAUUUUCCCAAGAUUGUUGACACUACAGGGAGCAAUGAUAUCGGGCGAUAGUUAGAUACCAAAGUAUUGUCACCACUUUUAUGGAUCAGUACAACUUUUGCAGUCUUCCAAAGUUUGCAUAUGUAUCCUGAAACCAGGGAUUCAUUGAUAAGGGUAGUGACAGGUUUAGCAAUUGCUGUCGCACAGAGCUUCAGCAACAUUGCUGGGAUUUGAUCUGGUCCACACUGGUUUUUUCAUUUUUAAAUUAUGAAGAUGUUUAGUAACAACACUUUUCUUUGUUUAUUAUUUUUAAUAUGAUUGGAUACAUCAGUGGCUUACACCCUUUUGGCAAUCGACACAAUAUAAACCUAUUCUAUAUAAGCAAUUCUUCACGUUUAAUAAAAUAUAUAUAACUACAUUUUUAUGCAAUCGCUGCAUUUUCGGAUUAUAUGCCUGGGUAUGAAAUCAGUCUAUAGGCUUAAAGAGCUCUAUUGGAUAAUCUGAAAGGGUUAACCAGCUCUCCCUUUGACCCCAAUAUGGCGUUAGCGGGGCCAUUUAUUGUAAUCAAUUAUACUCCAGACCAUUGAGAGGCAUAGCCACGAUCAGGGCACAGUAUAUCAACCCAACAGGAAUACUAUUUAUGCUUAUUAAUGCAAGUUCAUUAUAUGGACAUCUGUUCAAUACUGCACUUGUCUUUGCUGUGUAUGCCCUCUAUUCCAGAGAAUAACUCUAGACAUGGACACUUAUGUUAAGAUGAUCUACUCCAUAUUAAAAUGUCCAUCUCACCUUUACACCGAUGAGACUAUUCAUAUGCAACAACACACAAUUGCAUUUCUGUACUCUUUGAUCAUCUAUUUAUGUACAUUAGCGAUAUGUCUUUGUAGCUAUAACGGUUCUCACUUGGUUAAAUAUGCUUUUACACGUAGGAAGGUGUCAACCAAUUGCAUGACGAUACAGCAUUGGGGGGCGUGGUGAGUUCGGAUCCCGUUUUUUUGGCGCAAACUUACAGCACACGCCCCCUCUGCUUAUUGGUACAAUGGAACUAUAAAGGAGCCACUGGUGUCUGAGGACGCCUGUAUAGCCUCAGAAGAAGGCGCGUUUAGCAGCGUCGAAACACGUGUUAGGUAGCAGGUAGUUAGGUUGGAUAGGUGGUCGUGCUCGAGCCGUUACAGAUUCAGCUCGUCAGUUAGUCAGAAUCUAUUGCUUCGACGAUUGGUUAGAGUUUUGCUACACUGGGGGUUGUGUAUUAGUAGGGGUACCUUUCCUUUUGUGCGGGGGAGACUCGACUUUCUUCAUCUCCCCACCUCGUAGUGAGGUUUCAUCAUUCAACAGCCACAGAGGCACAACCUACACUGUAUCACUUCGUCACUGACUCUGAAAUAGCUGAGUAAUCUAGCAAUUUAGUAACAGACCUCCUUGUUAUUUGCAAAUAUAUACUUCUCUCCUUAAUAUGUAGCUUUAUUUUGCUACUUUCUACCCCAGAAGAUUCUCUAAGCAAUUGCUGGGGGGUUUCUUGUUAGGAGGGUCAUUAAUCACACAUUAUUAUUCUAGAUGGCAACAUUUUUACAAGUUACCAUUACUCUGUAGCAGGAUGAGCACUGUAGUGGGAUCCUUUUUAAUCUCAAGAUUAUAUUAAUUUUUCUGAAGUGGUAUUUUUAGGCUAUAUAUCCCACUCAGGAAUAUCGGUUUCACCUAUCUAUACCUAUUUUAAUCAUUUUUUGUUAUCCUCAUUUCAUCACUACUAAUAUGAGUAUUUAAUACAGUAACUAUUAAAGGUUAUGUUUUAUGUGUGUGUGUGUAUGUAUAUGUGUGUGUGUGUGUGUGAUCUACUAGGGGGCGCCCUAUUUCUUCUGACCCACCAGGUCUGUUUUUUCUUUAUACACAUAAGUGAGGGUUAUCCCCUGUCUUGGUCGCCCCAGAUACACACUUAGCUGGUCCCCCUAGGUGUAUCUAGCUCGUUCACUAACAGGCACAGGUCUAAAAUUGCCUCCUCCUCUCCUUGCUCUGUCAUUUCUAAAACAUGAAUAACCCUGUAUGUAUGUGUUAUUGAUUUUAAAUACUUAACGGCAAAUAAAACGUGUGUUUACAAUUAUUUAUCAAACUAGCAAUAAAAAGUUUGCUUCAUGCUGUUCUGUCUGUUGUAUGAAGUGUUUGCUAAAGUAAAGUGUAGACUCCUUUUAUUUAUGGCCCUUUCUUUCUGAAGGCUUUGAAAGGUUAUGUACAAAGCUCAUUGGCUUCCAAAGCUUAGGUCUUGCAACUUUUACCUUGUAACGCAUUAUGGUCAAUUUUACUGCUUGCUGAUCUCAGGCUGAUCCGAGCUAUUAAUUAUGUAACACAGCAAAGUUCUACAUGCCCAUAAAAAGCAUAACAUUAAACUAGGAUGAUUGUUUGUUUGUUUAUUACAUUCAUAUUUGUUUAACACGAUUUUAAUAUUGUAAGUGCUCGAAAUAGCUACAUUAACGUUCUAACAUUCCUCAGUCCUGUCCAGUACACUGUGACACAUACAGUACGACACAAAUUCCGGUCCGCAUUAAUGUCAGUAAAUAGAUUAAUUCCAAGAUUAACUCUUUUAAUUUGUUAAUUGUCUGGGGCUUCCUCUUAAAAACUUUAUUCCUUACUAAACUCGCCCCCCCUCCCCCCCCCAAAAAAUCUUUUUUUUUAAAAGCUGGUUUGUGCUUGUGUUAAAAUCACCCUAAUUUUCAGGAUAAAAUCUGCAAAAUGAGUGUUAUUGGUUAUUAGAGGGUUUAAAACAAUUUGAUUGGUUUGCAUUUAGAAGAUAGUCUUUAUAAUUGGAUGCCUUUUAGAAAUAACCCACACUUUAUCAUCAGAGAAAUGUUAAGUAGUGUUUCAAAGUUCUAAGAUAAGAACUAAAUGACUUCCUGGUGGCAUGAGAGAUAAGCUCCAUAUAAACAAGGAAUUCAUAUAGGAAAUGGUUUGUAUUAAAAGAAGAAAAUAAAUAAAGUUAAAUAGUAUCGUGAUGGCAUUUCUAUAAUUUGAGGUCUAAAGUGUUCUAACAUUUUAAUAUGAAAACAGUAUUUAUCCAAUUGCAUGUGCCUAAAUCACAAUUUUCCUUAUGUCCCAUGUGUGGUGCUACAUCUUGAUUUGCAAUCUGUACAUUUUUGUUAUGCUAUUUUUUUUUUAUUUUUUUUUACUUCAUCAGAGAGGACCAUUAGUCCUAUCUAGAAGGUCUCUGAAACAAAUUGAACAUGGAUGUUGGUUGAAUGAGAUAUAAACAAAUAGUUGUUAGUGGGCACUCAAGGUUUGUGUAGAAUUCAUGGAUGAUGGCAACCACUUAAUCAUUAGACAUUUGAAUGAGCCUGUCGGAGAGAGAAAUGUAGUCGUACUUUUGUGAUCUGUGCGUGAAACUAGAAGGUUACGCUAACCUCAAUAAAAGUAGCUUUGUUUAAAAAUACAGGUUUUUGAAGAGAUUGAACAAGCCCGGGAACAACAUCUUGUUUCUCUGACUGCUAUGGUCUGAUGUUGCCCUGAGUGUGCCACAUUGAUGUUGGGCUUGACAUUAUGGCAUGACAUAACCCUGUAUUAGUCUGACACAUUUUGGCAACACCAGAGCAGUGUGAAGCAGGAGUCUACAUCUGGGAAAUAGGCACAUCCUCCUCCAACCAUUAGACAAGAUGAGGCCAAUCUCUAUUUUAGGACAGAAGGUAGGAAAAUCCAAAUCAAAGGACCUGUGAUAAUGGAAAGGAUACUGUAAAAUGGCAGUCUUGCAGAUAUCUUUUGUGCAGGCCCCUGCUAAUAUUGAGAAUGACCCUGCUAUUACUUUAUAAAAUAUCCAGAUCGUUACUCUUUUUCACAUAAUUUCUUUACUUCUCCUAGAUGAAAUUGUAGAAGGCUUACGAAUAGUUGUUCUGCCCAAAGACCUGUCACAAAAGUUCUUGCAAUUGGCUGAUGCGAACACGACCAAGGGCAUUGAGACCUGCGGGAUCCUCUGUGGCAAACUGGUAACUAUUAAAAUCUCCAUUCUAUGUGAUUGAACGGAAUUAGUCAGGCAAUAAAAUGAACCUAAGGAUUAAUCGUCACAAGGCUAGAGCAGAAGCUUUAUUAGUCUAAGAUUAUGGUAUUGCAGACCACAAUUAAUUGAAACUGAUGAGAAUUCUUUAUAUCUGAGAAUCUGAAGGUAAAUCUAUGUAUCCAGUACUAAAAAAGCUGUUCUUGUGCAGCUCCUAAAUUGCUUCUAGUAGGGGGGUGUGAAGUGCUUAUGUUAGGAUAAACUGAGCGUGCAUGGGGUGAAAGCCAAAUUUCUUCAAAUAAAAGGACAGUAUUUAUAACGGAUAUAACACGUGACUUAAUGUUAUUCCCAAUGUUUAAAAGCUCAAACUAUCCGUUAUACUCCUUUGCAAUGUUAGAACAAACUGAGGUUAUAGUUACAUGGUUUUUUUUGUGUAUUUUUUUUUUUUUUUUUUUAUCUUGGCAGAAAUGCACUUCCGACAGAAUUGUCUAAUUGCUCAAAGUCGCAAAUCUCAGUACAGAUUCCAUAACUAACCUGAGUUGUGCUUAGUAGAAGCCUUUGAAUUCCAGUACUUCUAGUUCUGAAAUUUGAAAGUAGUCCAUCAAGUAAUCUACACCCCCUUUUUACAAAUGAAGAUGUAAUGUGUAUUAAAAAGGGGGGGGGGGGGACACAAAACCAUGAAACAAAAAAAAAAAUGGUUUCUUUUAUAUCAUUGUCACCAGACAAUGCGAUGGAUUCAUCAUUUUACAUUGACCUUCCACUUAGUUUUUGGACUGCAUUUCCAAACAGAAUACAUACGUUGUAGAUUGUCCAUGAUAUGUAAAUCUGUAAAGACCAAUUAUAAAUGCAAAAUAUGAGGGGAAACUCUCUGCUUUGCAUUUAUCAAUGUAAAGUAGUUACAGUCCUUAACAUAGAAAAUAUUGGAUUCAUAUGUCUUAAAGCAUAGCAUUGCCUACUGCUUUACUAAUCCUUUUGAAUUUAUUUUGUAGACACACAAUGAAUUCACGAUCACCCAUGUAAUUGUACCUAAGCAGUCUGCAGGACCAGACUACUGUGACAUGGAGAAUGUGGAAGAGUUAUUCAAUGUACAAGAUCAACAUGAUCUGCUCACUCUGGGCUGGAUCCACGUAUGUGAACUGUAUUUACUAAAGACUAUUUGUUUUAUAAAUGUACUAUUGUUCUAUAAUGGAAUGUGUGUUGUACUACAAGACUGCUGUAUCAAACGAUUGGCUUUCGCUCUAUAAUCUGUCUAUCUAAUUGGCUAAAUGGUAAUAUAAUUGUUAUAUAGAUUGCCAAAUGAUACGCAGAAAAAGUAGAACACUUUGGUGCAUUUCUGUGUAUAAAAUAGUUGAACCCAACAUUGACAUGUACAUGCGCCAAUGAAUAAUUCCAGAAAUUAAAGAUGUCACUGAAAGCCUGAUGCACAUCCAAAUUUUCUCAGAUGAAACUUUUUAGAGAAUAUAAGACUGAAGUGCACAACAGAGUCAAGAUGCCAAUCUGGUAAUUUAAAAGUCCCGUAUGGUGCACCGCUUCUUAGGACUGCAAAUUGUAUUUUAUCUUACCAAAUGCUGCCUCCUGCAGAGCACUUCAAAGCUUAGAAGGAAAAAAAAACUUAAUGAAAAUUAAAGUAAUUCCUUGUUGCUAGCUUGCCUACAUUCCUUUCCCCUUUGCAGGGUCUGCCUCCAAUUCCACUGUAAAGCCGAUUCGUAUGGUCAGAUUGACAGUAGUUUGGGAGUUUGUUGUUGUUAGUAUUGUUAAUCACAUAAAACUUGCAGGUGGUGGGCUAUGCAGGAGAGAACUAAAUUACAUAUUCUACUGCUUCUUAUAAAACUCCUGGUUCCAUUGGAUGCUGCUUCACCCACCAGACAUUAUGGUACAGCAAAUGCUUAGUGGGAAAUAGUUAUACAGGUGAUCUACAUCUAUCUGAGCAUGCAACGAUCUGGUGUAUACAGAGCCUGGUUGGGGAGAUAGUUGUUGCUCAACCCUAAGCCUUAUGGAUAUAAUUUAAUGCCAGUGAGAGGUGAUGGUUUUCUGGCUUCUUGUAAAGUGAUCAUAAUUUGCUGAAUUUGAAAUACUGCUCUUCAUGGCAGUCAAGAAAGAUAUUAUAUUAAUUACGCCGCUUGGCUGAACUCCCCACUAGGUUACAUGUCUGAGGAAGACCUUCUUCCAUGCAAGUGUGGUUGCUGAAUGCCGAAUGUAAUACUGGAGUGGAUUUUGAGUGCUGUUCUAUAUUAUGUGUGUUGAGAGGGUGGGAAUUGCAUCCUAUGUUAGAAAUGUGUUCUGUAUAUGAUGUUGGUGAAAUGUCUAUGGUUGGUAGAUGGUGUGUUUUUUGUGGAUGCUGUUUUGAAGAUAUAAGUGCUAUAAAGCACAUGGUGCAUGAGUCCCAGGUAGUUCAAGCUGGUGGCACAGACUAGAUGGCUAUUUUUAUUUAUUCACUUUUGCAAUUUAUACAUUUGGCAAAGUUGAUCUGAAUCUAGUAGUAAAUCUGUAAUGUCCAUAUUACACUAAACACUAUAAGCUCCCCUUUUCCCAAGGAAAAUAGCUACAUAGUGCUAGAAGUCUACUUGUUUUCACUAAAUUUGCAGCACUCCCAACCAGUCUGGGAUGUACUGCAGCAUUGGAUGUGAAUAUGGCCAUGGUAUGGGCUUGGACAAACAAUGUUUCAGACCGUAAACCUCUCUGAUGCUGCAAUAAACUGCAAAUUUAUUAGGAAAGAAGCAUUGUCAUCGGGCCAUAAUGUAACCGUAAGAAGAGAUGCUUUGAGGGAGGGCAAUUUAUAAUGUUUCUCUUUGCACAGCUCAGUAAACAGUUUUCUAAUUCUAAAAACCCAUGAUUUGUUUUCCAGACCCAUCCAACACAAACUGCUUUCUUGUCCAGUGUUGAUCUCCACACACACUGCUCCUACCAACUCAUGUUACCGGAAGCCAUUGCUAUAGUUUGUUCACCAAAGCACAAUGAGUAUGUUUUUUCAUUUUAUUCAUUUAUUUAUUAGAUGUUGCAUCAGUCUAAUAUUGGUGUUUAAACAUAAUAAUUUCAAUAAAGCAGUCACAAUCUUUUUAGUAUGGAAAUGGUGCGAAAUGUAUAGGCACUUUGUUUUGACGACUGCAUUCUUACAGGAGUUACAUUUAUUGGCUCAAAGCCAAUAGCUUGCUCACCUAUUGAACGCUAGGCAUCAUGGAAACAAACCUACAGAUUAAACUGAUGAAAGAGUGGUCACACAAUGGAGGCAAAAUGGGGAUUUCAUGUGGGAAAUUAUAGAGCAAUUGGGUUCCUACUUUUGGAGUUCCAGAUAAACUAUGUUCCUACAGCAGGUUUUACCAGUAGUGAUUAUAUUGGAAUAUGCACAUCCUUUACCUAUACCAACCACUAUAGAGCUCUUUGAGUGCAGAAUUUAAGGUGCUUCAGUGUCUGAAUGUUUAUCAGGUAAAUUAUCCAAGCGUCUUUUCGACUUGAAAUGACUAUAAAUGUAAAGGGUGAAAAUGCAGUAAUUAAAUUUCCAAAUUGUUUGUUUAAUUUUUUCUAACUGAUAAACUGCUUCAGUACAUAAAAGAUUUGAUUACUCCUCUGGCACUGAAAACUUCUAAAGGCUUCUCUGCCACCAUUGUUUCAAGCUGAAUUAUACAUUCAACAGCUGAGCAAGGACAUUGUUCCAGGGCCAUCACAAACUUGUAUCUCGUCUGACCUAAAAUGGGGCCCCGUAUUUUCUUCCUCUGCUCCCAUACUAGCUGUACUAUACAUGGCACAUAAGUUCACUACUGGGGGGCGGAGCUUGACCGCGAUCGCGAGCGGCCGCCAUUUCACGGAGCUCCGUGUGUCCCAGCCACAAAAACCUGAAUAUAGGAGACAAAUCCUCUCUCCCUACCUGCUACAGGCUGUCACCUAACAGAGCAGGCGACCGGGAGAGGACCUAUGCCGUUCUUUCAGCCGGCGAGGGUCAAGAGACAGAAAUCACAGAUCACCACACACUCCAACAGAGCCUGCACAACCAGACUCCCCGCCAGAACAGGUACCAAGCACUGCAGAGGGUUUGGCACCGGUCACUCAAUGGGACUUCCGUAAUCUAGUCCAAGAGCUCAAGACGCUUCUGGCAACAGACGUGGCAAGUAUAAAAGCAGACAUUCAGGCAAUGGACACCAGGGUGAAGGCCUCUGAAGAGGAAAUAGCAACACUCAGACAGGGGCUCUCAGACCUCCAAGCUACAGCAAAUUUUCAAUAGACUGUAUAUAUACCGGCUGCUGGUGGAACCACCUCUACAGUGGCGAGAGACGUGAUAGUCCGAUGCUCCACUUCACAUGACAAAAGAAUCCUGAUGACAGCACUACAAGGCAGGACGCCACUACCCUUUGAGGGGAAUAAUCUCUCAUUCUACCAGGACCUUACCAGGUCCACAUUGCAAUAGCGAUGAUUCCUGCAACCAGUCACUAGACACCUAAGAGCAACAGGAGUGGAAUACCACUGGAGAUCCCCCUAGGUUCCUGGUGGUCAAUCAUAAAGGGACUGUGCAUAAAAUCUCAUCGCUGGCUGAGGCAUCUAAUUUCUACAAAGCCCUGGGAAUCCAGAACCUGCAGACCCAUCCUGAGUGACACCCCGGACCCAGAGCCGAAGUGCCCUCAACGUCACCGGGUCACUAGAAACCUGAACUCUCAAGGGAACUUACCUACCCAAUGAGGCACAAGUACCAAAAGUUUAGCCCAGUUAUUCUUUUUUGCAUAGCUGACAUAACAGCACAACACACACCAGACGGACACAGUUACAUAAUAACAUAAUAAGAUGCAGCCUGCUGAGAUGUGCAGACACCACUCAUAAACUGCAGACCGAUCGCAACUCCCCUCCCCCCCGACAGCCCCUUGGUUUGGGGCACAUAUAGAAGACAGCCUGCCAUCACUACCCCGAAUGGGGUACACACCUACAUACAAACGCUAACGACUGAUCUUCCUAAGCUAACCAUACCCACUUGACCGAAUACCAAUGCACUCGGACCGGUUACAGGGACACAUACAACAACCCAGACACACAUACACCUGUAAUGUUAUGUCUAUGUACUCCCCAACCACCUUUUUCUCUUCUGUAUCCCAAAAUGCAUUGAUAUGAAAAAUUUCAAUAAAAAGAGAUUGACAAAAAAAAAUAAUAAGUUCACUACUACUCAGAGCGUUAUGCGCAAGAGGUCUACUUCAAACUAGACCAUUAAUAUCUCCCCUCCAUCUACCUGCUGUGCUGUGAUGGGGCAAACACAUGGAGGGCAGUGCCUGCAAAAGGCCAACUGAUGCCUGCUCAGCUAUGAGACAAAGCAGCACUGUUUGUAACUGGUUAGCUUGGUUCAUAUUAAUCUGGCAAAUAGUUAUGUACAGUAUUCCUUAAGUAAGCAUUGUUUCUUGUAAUGUAAAGGUUUUAUAUUGCAUAAUAUUUUACUCGCUUAUUUUUGAAAAUUCCUACUUCACUUGAUUCCUCAUUGGUAGGAACAAGCAGCUAUUCAAAAGACCAAGAACACCACCCCUAAUUUUAUUUAUUUAUUUAUUUCAUGUGAUAUCAAGUUCCACUAGUAAACCAUGGGAAACUGUUUUAAAUGGGACACUCGGGCUUUGUAAAAGAUUUGUUUUAAAGUCAACUGCAUUAUAAUGGGAAAAUGGGUCCUUUGGCAAAUUUGUUUUUAUAGAAUGUGUUUGCACUCUAAUGCCAUGUAUAAAAAAUGACUAAAAAAGGUUAAAGUAGACACUAUAGCCAUAUCUGCUCAUUAAAUUGGUAAUAAUAAUUGAUGUCUAUUGGCACUGUCUAUCCAUGCCAUGUUAAACCAUUUACAUGCAGUUUAAUAUUUAAUAAAGGCCCCUGGUCAUGCACAGUCUGACCCCUAGUGGAGGUAUGACUAAGGCAGAUAUUACACAGUUCUUUCUACCUAUACCUGCAGUGGUCACUGUGAUGGGCUGAAAGCACAGAGGAUGAGCUUCUGAGGACUCUCGUUUAACAUUCAAAGAUUAAAAAAAAGAUUAAAAACUGCUUAAUGCUAAAUGGAAGGGUAGAACCUGGGCUCAAUAAACUAUAACCACUUCAAGGAGACUAAGCAGUUACAGUGCCUGCAGUGUCACUUUAAGAACCAAUGGAAUAAGUCUAGCCUCUGCAGCCUUUAGAAAUUGCAUUUAGAUUUAGUCUUAUUGUAAAUCUCACAAAUGGCAGAGAGAGCAUAUUUUUGGUUUGGUUUGAGACCAUAUGUUUUGUUUUUUGUUGUUGUGGUUUUUUAGUACGGGGAUUUUCCGACUUACAAACGCUGGUAUGCUGGAAGUAUCUGUAUGUAAAAAGAAGGGCUUCCAUCCACACAGCAAGGACCCGAGGCAAUUUAACGUAAGUGAUGUGCAAUUGAUGACCGCUGUAUCUAUGCCUGGCAGUGUGUCCAUUGAUAAAUCUAAUUGGCAGACAGAUUGCUAGAAUGUUUCUGUAGAACUAAUCCUGUGGCAUAUCAUUUCUCAGUCUUGAAUAUCCUCUGUUUUCACUGCAAUUCAUCAGCCACAUCUGGAAAUGCUCUCUAUAAGAGCAUGGGUAGGCAACCUUCAGAAUUCCAGAUGUGGUCUGCAUCUCCUCUGAUUCUUUGCCAGCAUUAUGACUGUAAGAGCAUUAUGGGAGAUGUAAUCCACAACAUCUGGAAUGCCGAUGGUUGCAUAUCACUGUCUAGAGUGUCUUUAUAAUGUUAUCCUAUGGAAAUAGAACAUUCUACAGGGUUUUUCGCUUAUAUGACAAUAUGAGGUCAAAAUAGCUAAACUGAACACACAAUAAAAAAUACCUCUAAAUCUGCUACAUUGGCCUACAUUUCGAAAUUUAAUUUAAAUUCCUGACAAAUCUCACUUUCUAUGGGGAGGGCCUAAUGCACGCCUCCCUCGUCAGGAACAUCGGAGGAGGCAGAGCCUCAACCCAGAGCUGAAGGACAUCGGCACUGGGAUCAGGUAAGUAAAGGGUUUUAACCCUUUAUUUACCACCGAGGGGGGAGGAGGAAGAGCGAGCUAUAGUGCCAGGAAUACAGCUUUGUAUUCCUGGCAUUAUAGUAUCCCUUUAACAUAAGUUUCUUGAGCAAUAUUUUAUUAUGUUUUAUUACACCUUUAAUCUCUGGGUUUAAGGUCAUUCACUGUGUAGGGAUAUUGAAGUUAAACUAGAAUUUCAGGUAUAGCUGGCUGCAAAAAGAAAAAAAAUUGACCUUUGUGAACACUUUCAAAAUGAAAUAAAUCUAAUUUAUAGAACGAAUAAAAAAACAAAACCGAAAGCAGUACAGUGUCCAAACGUAGAUGCAUGGAUAUUGUUGAACUACAACUUCUUGAUGCGUUGUCAUUCUAAAGAAAAGUGUUCAGAUAACAAAAUCAUUGAAAAAUAGCAUUUACAUAAUAUACAUCAAUUUAAAAAAGAAAAAAAAAGCUAAUCUUGUUUUGGAAAUAUGAUUUAGCAAAUGAUUAAAUGCUUGCUCCCUAUACAAGAAGACUCAAGAAUAUAUGUAAAACAAAAAUAAAGAUUUUUCAACUGGAGAUUUGUACAUAUACUAUGUGUAGUUCAAUCCCUAAUGGUCUAUCAAAGCCGGAGUAGUUUCAUUCAUGAAUAGAACAGGCUUGAAACGUUUUUGACCAGAAUAUUGAAACAUUUCAUACUGCUUCAUUUAAUUUGCUUAAUUUGCUUUAUUCUUAUCAUACCUGCAAAGAUACAUGUGUAAAUCUGAACAGGGGUGGGCAGCCUACAGAGGGUGAGCCAGUGACCCAUGUGCAUCACUGGCACUCCCCAAGGGCAUGUCAUCCAGGCAAUAAUGCAUGCCAAUGUGACUAGCAAUUUUACAAACCGGAUUAUGUAUUGCAUGGUGUACUGUUUAGAUGCAUUCCUUACAUGCCUGGAUUGUAUCUUUAACUCCCCUGUCUUUCUGUCAGCAAUAUAUUUUAAUUCCGUAUCAUAAGAAUUCCUUACUAUGGGAUUAGUAAUAUAUCUUUUUUUUUUAAAUUUUUUUAUUUCAGACUUGCAGGCAUGUGAUUGUAAAAGAUGCAAAAAUCACUGUGCUGGACCUGAGGUAA